CUUUGGUUGCAACAGCAACCCUAGACAACACACAGUGAUGCGCGGCCUUUACAGGCAGUUUUCCGAUAAAAUAGUUAGAGAACCGAGGAGCGAACGACGAUGACCAGCUCGGAGGUCAGCGAGGAGCAGCUGCAGGAGCUGUAUGCCUGGAUAGACCAGGUACCUCUCAGCCGGACUAAGAGGAACAUCACUCGGGACUUCAGCGAUGGAGGUACCCGGAGCAUGGACCGAGCAGCAACACACACUGUCAUUGUGUUAUUAUAUUGGCAGGGUGUCAGUGGUUAUGGUGUCAGUGGUUAUAGUGUGUGGGUCAUGGUAUUGGCAGGGUGUCAGUGGUUAUAGUGUGUGGGUCAUGGUAUUGGCAGGGUGUCAGUGGUUAUAGUGUGUGGGUCAUGGUAUUGGCAGGGUGUCAGUGGUUAUAGUGUGUGGGUCAUGGUAUUGGCAGGGUGUCAGUGGUUAUAGUGUGUGGGUCAUUAUAUUGGCAGGGUGUCAGUGGUUAUAGCGUGUGGGUCAUUAUAUUGGCAGGGUGUCAGUGGUUAUAGCGUGUGGGUCAUGGUAUUGGCAGGGUGUCAGUGGUUAUAGUGUGUGGGUCAUGGUAUUGGCAGGGUGUCAGUGGUUAUAGUGUGGGGGUGAUGGUAUGGGCAGGGUGUCAGUGGUUAUAGUGUGUGGGUCAUGGUAUUGGCGGGGUGUCAGUGGUUAUAGUGUGUGGGUCAUGGUAUGGGCAGGGUGUCAGUGGUUAUAGCGUGCGGGUCAUGGUAUGGGCAGGGUGUCAGUGGUUAUAGUGUGUGGGUCAUGGUAUUGGCGGGGUGUCAGUGGUUAUAGCGUGUGGGUCAUGGUAUUGGCAGGGUGUCAGUGGUUAUAGUGUGUGGGUCAUGGUAUUGGCAGGGUGUCAGUGGUUAUAGUGUGUGGGUCAUGGUAUUGGCAGGGUGUCAGUGGUUAUAGUGUGUGGGUCAUUAUAUUGGCAGGGUGUCAGUGGUUAUAGUGUGUGGGUCAUGGUAUUGGCAGAGUGUCAGUGGUUAUAGUGUGUGGGUCAUGGUAUUGGCAGGGUGUCAGUGGUUAUAGUGUGUGUGGGUCAUGGUAUUGGCAGAGUGUCAGUGGUUAUAGCGUGCGGGUCAUGGUAUGGGCAGGGUGUCAGUGGUUAUAGCGUGCGGGUCAUGGUAUUGGCAGGGUGUCAGUGGUUAUAGUGUGUGUGGGUCAUGGUAUUGGCAGAGUGUCAGUGGUUAUAGCGUGCGGGUCAUGGUAUGGGCAGGGUGUCAGUGGUUAUAGCAUGUGUGGGUCAUGGUAUUGGCAGGGUGUCAGUGGUUAUAGCGUGCGGGUCAUGAUAUUGGCAGGGUGUCAGUGGUUAUAGCGUGUGGGUCAUGGUAUUGGCGGGGUGUCAGUGGUUAUAGCGUGUGGGUCAUGGUAUUGGCGGGGUGUCAGUGGUUAUAGCGUGCGGGUCAUGGUAUUGGCGGGGUGUCAGUGGUUAUAGCGUCUGGGUCAUGGUAUUGGCAGGGUGUCAGUGGUUAUAGCGUGUGGGUCAUGGUAUUGGCAGGGUGUCAGUGGUUAUAGCGUGUGGGUCAUGGUAUUGGCAGGGUGUCAGUGGUUAUAGUGUGUGUGGGUCAUGGUAUUGGCAGGGUGUCAGUGGUUAUAGUGUGUGGGUCAUGGUAUUGGCAGGGUGUCUGUGGUUAUAGUGUGUGGGUCAUGGUAUUGGCAGGGUGUCAGUGGUUAUAGCGUGUGGGUCAUGGUAUUGGCAGGGUGUCUGUGGUUAUAGCGUGUGGGUCAUGGUAUUGGCAGGGUGUCUGUGGUUAUAGUGUGUGGGUCAAUUUAUUGGCAGGGUGUCUGUGGUUAUAGCGUGUGGGUCAUGGUAUUGGCAGGGUGUCUGUGGUUAUAGUGUGUGGGUCAAUUUAUUGGCAGGGUGUCUGUGGUUAUAGUGUGUGGAUCAUUGUAUUAGCAGGGUGUCUGUGGUUAUAGUGUGAGGGUCAUUGUAUUAGCAGGGUGUCUGUGUUUAUAUAUUGUAGAUUAGACUAGCCGUAUUAGUCCGGUAGACAAGAUGCCAAAAUACCAGAGUCUUGCAGUAUGCAAUUAUACCUUUUUUAUUGGACUAACCAUAAUAUGUCAAAGACAAGCUUUUGAGAGGAAAACUUUCUAAAGCUUGUCUUUGAAAUAUUAUGUUAGUCCAAUAAAAAAUGUAUAAUUGCAUACUGCAAUACUCUGGUAUUUUGUGUGUGUGUGUGUGUGUGUGUGUGUGUAUAUGUAUGUGGCCUAUUGUAUGAGACUUAUGCUUUAAAAAGUUUCAUAUUUGAAGAGCAGCAACAGAAAUGGACUUAAAAGUACAUUAUUUUCUUUAUAUAUUGCAAAGAUAUAUCAUAAGUAAAUAAAGCAGCUUAAAAUUAUUUAAAAUUCAUUGACUGUCUUACAUUCUAGCUACCUUCACAAUUAAGACAUGUGGAUCACAAUACAUAUCAAAUACAUUAUACAUAAAUAAAAAACUAUAGAUAAUUCACUUCCCUGCUCAGAUUUUUGUGAUCAGGGAAGAGCUCUCUAAUCUCUCUUCUACCCCUACCAAUACUUGCCCCUACCCCACUCCCUUCUCUCUUCUAUGCUCACUAGAAAACCAAUAUGCCAUAAGAGGUCCCUGCUCUCCUCCCGUCACACCACCUGUUUCCCUCGCGCCUAUUCCUUCACAUCUCAUUCGCACUCUGUCUCCUUCUCUUGCUCUGCCCCUCACUAAAAUAUUCAAUCUCUCCCUCCCCUCUGGCACAUUUCUUUUAUCAUUUAAGUAUGUAACCGUAAGCCUGAUUCUAAAAAAAAAAGCCCAACCUUUACCCUAACUCCCCAUCCAACUACUGCCCCAUCCCACUACUAUGGUUUGCCUAUAAGAUCCUUAAAAAAGAGUUGCGUAAGCUACAUUGACCGACUUCCUUGAAUCCAACUCUCUGCUUGACCCGCGUCUGUCUGGAUUCCGCGCUUGACAUUCUGUUGAAACAGCCAUGCUCAAAGUAUCCAAUUAUUAAAAUGCUGCUAAAUCCAGUAGUUGCUACUCUCUACUAAAUCUCCUUGACCAUUCUGCUGCCUUGAACACUGUUGAUCAUCAACAACAGCUUCUCAUCCUCCUUAAUCUUGGUCUACGAUACUCUGCUCUCUUCUGGUUCUCCUUCUCCUUCUGCUCUUUCAGUGUUUCUUUUUCUCGCUCUUCUUUGCAACCCUUCCCUGUCUGCGUUCCCCAAGGUUCUGUCCUUGGUCUCCUACUGUUCUCGACCUAUACUGCCUCCCUUGUCAAACUCAUCAGCUCCUUUGUCUUCCAAUGUCACUCCUACACAGAUAACACAGAAAUCCAUCUGUCCUCUCCUGAUCUCUCUUUUGACCGGCCGUCCAUGAGGUAGAAGCCCAAAGUAGUUCCAGGGGAAUUGUGGCAACGGCCGGUCUCCGUUCACAGACUUCCAUACAAAAACCACACAUAAUGAAUGUUUUCAAGUGUCGAAUUCUCCCCCCAUUCAGUAGUUUGUAUCUCCCGAACACCGUUCGUAUGGGUGGUCGGGAACUAGAAACGGGGAGCAGUUCCGUCUUCUCCGGUGUUUGCGAGAGUGCCUAUCCGAAAUCAGUUCCAGGCACUCAAUGACCAGGUACCGCUGCCUGCGUUCGGGAGACAAGAUGGCCGACAUCCAUUAUGUCGACCACGUGUGUUCGGCUGUACGAAAUGGCGACCACCCAGGAGGGCAUUCAUUAGUUAUUUACCUUGUGUUUUUGCACAUGUUAAUGGAGGGUUUUAAGGAAGAGAUGAGUGCUUGCUGGGCUCCUAUGGAGGGGUGAAGAAACAGACGGCAAGGGGAGUGAUAUAGUCUUUAUUUAUUUAUAAAAUAUUUUACCAGGAAAGAUAUAUUGAGAUUUAUCUCAUUUUCAAGUAUGUCCUGGGUCCACAAAUCAUUGCAUUGUUACAUUAGGGUACAAUAAAAUACAAAAGCAAUAUUAAUACACAUUAAAUACAAAAUUUAACAUAGAACCGGUAGGAAAUAUAUAAUCAGCCAUACGGUAGAUUUAUUGGUAGUGAACAUCUAGGGUGACCCAAGUGAGUUGUUAAACCAUUCUUUAUACGGUUUGACAACUUACUCUGGGGGGGCACAAGGGCACUGGGCGAGUAGUGGUUAUGGUGAUUGGAGUGUUCCUUUAAUGAUAUGUUUACCCUUGUUUUGGUUAUGUAGAGUGAAAGAUAGGAGUGGACACUUGUAUGAGGUCCAAAGGCAGCUUUAAUGGACAUAAUUUUGGCUCGCUUUUGUGCCAAAAUGUUGUUGUAACCCUUCCAAUGUACAGCUUUUAGACCUCAUACAAGUGCUUACUCCUAUCUUUUACUUCAUAUUUCUCAGCAGCAUGGUCACCUGUGAGCUGGAGGCAUGGUGGAGGUAUCAUUUAUGUAUGCCCUUCCAUACUUACUAAAACUUUUUUGUUUUGCAGGCUCUGCUCUCCUAAACUGUGCAUUAGUUUGAAUUAAAGUUGAAUUUUCUCAGGUGUCCUCUGACGAAAAACACCAGCGAAAAUGCAACUUUAAUUUAAUUAAUAAACAUCUUACGCAAAGAGAAACUGUUAUUGCUGAUGGCAAACCAGACAGAUACGUGCAUGCAAUGAUUGUGAGUCAGUGGGUGUGACAGCAUCUUGAAAUUGUAGUGGAGUAGAUGAUUUUACCAUAGAAGACAUUUAUUUUUAAGGGGGUUUCCAGCCAUAUUCCACUUCCAGGAGUAUUUAUAAUUAUAUACUAGGAAGAAUAAUCAGUUAAGUAGAUUUUGGUUCUCCUGUGGUUUGUUUUCCUGCAAGCUCAACAUGUUGAAUAACUACCUUUGCAAAAUAUGUAUGUGAAUUAAUGAGAAGAAAAACAAUAUUUCUAUAUGUUUCAUAUUCUUGUGAAUUACCCAUCAAAUAUAUCAGCCUGUUUGUUUCCUGUACCAACUACUACAACAAUACAGAACUUAAUGCAACAUCAUCCCCUGUCAAUAAUGUACUCCGUCUCUGUCACACCAACCUAUUAAAUGUACCGCUUUAUACCUAUCUCCCUCUCAGCACCCACUCCUAUUCCCGAGCUGUCGGACCCUUUGUACUUCCCUGCUGUGGAACACAUCUCGUGGGCUUAGCCAAUAUUGACACUUCACACAUGGCCUGCUCCAUCAUCUCCUUCCAUCAUAGUAGUUCAGUUUUGGGUGUAUAUUCACCGCAUCGUAUACCAACUUGAAUGGGGGCAGUUUAACUCCACAUACUAGGACUAGGAAUGACUGUUAAAUAAAUUCUGCUGUAUGAUGUCCACAAUGGUUCUCAUUAUUUUGAGAACAUUUCAGCCAUUUUUGGGGGUUCCUGACAAAUUUGACCAAACCUCCCCUACAAUCUGUAAAAUUUUCACCCCUAUGAUAGUCUAUUUCAUAGUAGAAUAUAUUUGCCAGAAUGUUGUUUUCAUGUAGGUCUCCUGAGCUAACAUGAACAGGGAGAUCAAACAUCCUCCGAGUGUGGGGGUGUUUACCAGUGAAUACAUUUGUCUCCCGUGUGGGCACAUCCCAUGGUGUAGCUUCCUCUAGCAGGAGCCAUAUUAUGUAUACUGUGCGUCUAUGUAGUCAGAAAUGUUGAUUGGAGUUGGAAAUGUAUAUUUUAAAAUGUACAGAAACACGUUUUGACCUUUUGGUUAAAAUAUGGGUAAUCAGACUUCUUGAAAGCUAAAAGCAAGGAUGAUCUAAGUGCAGGGUUAUAGUCAGCAUCAAUUAAAGCGCUUUGUCAUCCAAGGCAUUUCACAAAAGUAUAGGUCACAAGAAACACAUAAAGAGAGAAAGACACACAUAAAUCAGUAUGAUUAAGAACACUUUACACUCUUGUGUAAAAGGAGUAAUUUUAAAAGACAUCUGUUAGGCUAUUGACUAUAAAAUAGUCAGUUUCUCUUAAUUGAUUCUAGCAAAACCACCGAUAAACAGGGUAAAAUAGCUGAUAAAGAAGCCCACCCAUGGUACAGUAUUCACAGUUGAUAUUUUAAAACAUAUAUUUACAAAUGGAUUAGUGCUUUUGACAAAAGUUACCUAAUGUAAUUUUACAGAGAAUAAAAAGGUAUUUUUUUGUACAUGCCAGAUUGCUAGCAUUCUAUAGCUGUUUGUGAGCGUCCUUAGAUGUGUGCUCUAACAUUAGGAGCUAGGCUGGCUGUAUGCACAGCUAUACUCUCCCGCUAUUGACACCAUUUUGCAGGAGUAAGAAGACAUCAUCAUAAUUACAUAGUUAUCAUCAGGUAACUUAUCCUUUAAUCUUUAUAUUUUGUGGAAAUUUUCACCAGCACAGUUUAUAAAAUUAAUCUAUUAGAAUGCAAGCUUGUCAUUUACACAAUUUACAGAUAACAUGUUUACUUUAUGGUAACACACUUAGAACAUUUCUUCCAAAUCCAAAAUAAUAUUGUAAUUUUGAUCAUUUAUUUGCAGAAGAUGACAGCUGAUCAAAAUUAGAAAACAAAAACGAAAGAUGCAGUGUUUUCAGUCCUUGAUUAAUGCAAAGAAAAAAGUUUAUAUUAAUUAAUAUUUUGCUGUUUAAAAAUUAACAUAGGAAGUGUACAGAAAUCAAAAUAUGGUGGAAGAAUUCCUAGAUUUUACUAUUAACAUGACGUAAAGUCAUGAUUUUAUUAAAGACACGGAGGCUCCUAUUAAGCUUCUCUUUCUUUAAUUCUCCCUCAGCAGCGAAGAGAGAUAUAUGCAAAUGAGAGAAAAAAUAACAAUAACAUUAGCAUAUGGAACAGUGCUCAUAGGUAUCCACCCCCUUAGUAUAUAAGGUGUAGCACUCCAUGCUUCUUCCUCUUUCUUCCGUGAUCCGAAGACCAGAUCCAUAACCGAACUGUAACUUGGCCCGAACAGGAACAGUGGGCGAAAGGUAAUGUCCAAUCCUUGAGGUUAGAAUGUAACGCUUUGUAACGGAAAAUCACCACUUUGACAGUAUGAUUCAGGCUAAAAGAGAGGAGAAAAUAUGGUAAUAUAUGGUCGGCAACUGGUUGCAUCAUGUAACUUCAUGUAGGUAAAAACUAAGUCGUAUAACGUAGUAGUCAUGUCGACAUAUCAAAAGGUAAUAUAAGAUUAUGUCUACUAUAUCACAAAGUCAUCUACCUGAGAGACGUAUGAGCGCACCUACAGGUAUCUACAUUGUAGGAGUCCACCUGAUCUGUGGUUGGUAUCCGUGAGAAAAAACCAAUCCCUCCACCCAGGGAGGGUGGGAGGGAAUAAUACUCGCUUCCGUGUCUUUAAUAAAAUCAUGACUUUACGUCAUGUUAAUAGUAAAAUCUAGGAAUUUUAUUAAAGACACGGAGGCUCCUAUUAUGCUCUUUCAAAGCUGAGCAAUGACUCUGUCCGAGAAAUGUUGGAUUGGUUUAAAAUAGAAGUUCCAGAAUGUGGAUUCCGUAGACCAGUCUGCGGCCUUCAGGAUGUCUUCUAACCGGCACCCUACUGUCGAUGCUUUAGAAGCCAUAGCGCCUCUGACCGAAUGGGCCGAAAAAAUUGUAACGUCUAUCCCGGCCGAGGCCAAUAACCAUUUGGCCCAACGGGCGAGAGUAGGUGUGGAUACUGGUAGGUGCGGUUUCUUUAGUGAAAUGAACAAAGGGCCGUAGUUUGACGGUCUUAGGGAAGAAGUACGGGUUUCGUAUUCUUUUAAGCAUAGAAUUGGGCACAGCUUCGGUUGGUGCGGGAGGUGUGGAUAGAAAACUUGUUUAGUCGCUGAUUUAGUUCUUCUUGAAAUAUCGAAAGACACCCCUUCUGGAGUGAAUGAGCGGGCUAGCCAGUCCAAAGCCCUUACAUCUGACACGCGUUUACAGGAUAAUAAACAUAAAAUCAUGAGUAGUUUAGCGGACAGCUGUUUGAUUGACAGUGCCGCGUUGUCGGGCCAUUCCUCCAGGAAUUUGAACACUAUGUUGACAUCCCAAAAGGAUCCGUACCUGGGUUUUGGUGGCCGUGAAAAACGUAUACCUUUGAGUAAGCGACAUAUCAGGGGGUUCUGACCGAGGGGAGUCCCGUCCACAGUAUCAUGACCUGCUGAGAUAGCAGACCUGUAGAUGUUGACUGUACGGAAUGCCUUGCCCGAUUCGAACAAUUGAGUGAGGAAGUCCAGUACCGUCUUUACAGAAGCUGAUAUGGGAUCCACUGAUCUUUCCAGGCACCAAUCGGACCAAGUUCUCCAUGCCGUAGCAUAUGCGCGCCUUGUUCCCGGUGCCCAGGCGUUCGCCAAGAGUUGGGUAGUUGUUCCCGAAACUUCCGUGAUUUCCCAGGGUCCCCGGAAAGGAGCCAUGCCAUGAGUCGGAGGAUUCCCCGUUCUAUCAAGUCGUGAUUCUCCCCAUCUGGGUUGGUUAACAGGGACGUUUGAUCCGGUAGUAACCGUGGGAAGUCGAUCGCCAUUUCCAGAAGGUGAGGGAACCAGGGUUGGGAUCUCCAGCACGGUGUUAUCAAGACCAACGAGGUUCUGUAGCGUCGAAUGUAUGUUAGAGUCCGAGCAAUCAGGUUGAACGGGGGAAAGGCGUAUGCUCGUCCCCCGGUCCAGUCCUGAAGGAAAGCGUCUGUCGCCAAGGCUUCCGGGUCCGGUCGCCAGCUGAAGAAUUGAGGAAGUUGAGUGUUCAGUCUGGACGCAAAGAGGUCCACACUCAAGGGCCCCCAUAGUCGAGCUAUCCUGGCGAAGACUUUUGGUUGAAGCUUCCAGUCCCCCAAAUCCCUCAGAUAUCGGGAGUUCCAGUCCGCGGUGUAAUUGUCCAGGCCCGGUAUGUGUUCCGCGGUCACCGACACAUUGUUUUGUAAACAGUAAUGCCAGAAGUCUGGAGCUAAAACCGCUAGGAUGCGUGACUUGGUACCUCCAAGAUGGUUUAUGUACCUGACUGCUGAGACGUUGUCUAACUUGAGGAGGAUCGAGCAUGAGGCGCCCUUGGGUGUGAGGCUGCGAAUGGCAAAUGAGGCCGCCAGUAGUUCCAGUGAGUUUAUGUGUAGGAAUGAUUCGUCUACUGACCAUCUGCCUCCUGUGGAUAUGGAGCCGCAGCGUGCGCCCCAGCCAUGUAAGCUUGCAUCCGACUCGAUUAUCAUAUCUGGAGUGGAACCGAAGAUUGCCCGUCCAUUCCAUGCUUCCAUGUGGGUCAGCCACCAGUCCAGUUCCUCCCUGGAUUCUUCGUCCAGCGUGAUGUUGGAUUCGUAUGACUGACCCUUCCUUAGGCAGGAAGCCUUUAGGCGUUGUAGCGCCCGAUAGUGGAGCGGUCCCGGGAAGAUCGCCUGUAUAGAGGAUGCUAGUAAGCCGAUUACCCGAGCCAGUUGUCUUAGAGAAAUGUCCGAACGGUUCAUUAUCCUCCUGAUCUCCUUCUUGAUGUUGGACAUCUUUUCUGAAGGGAGGCACAGGAUUUGUUGUACCGAAUCGACUCUGAAUCCUAGGAAUUCCAUCUGUUGAGAAGGUUGUAGCACCGAUUUCUCCCAGUUCACUAGAAAACCGAGGUUCUGCAGGAGGUGAAGGGUCCACGACAGGUGUGACAGCAAAAGGGAUCGUGUCCCAGACAGUAUGAGGAUAUCGUCCAGAUAGAUAAUGAGGCGAAUCCCGUGUAAUCUGAGAAAUGCAACCACUGGUUUCAGCACUUUCGUAAAGCACCAGGGAGCGGAGGAGAGCCCGAAAGGGAGGCAACAGAAGCGCCAUUUCUUUGUGCCCCACCGGAACUGUAGGAGAUUCCUGUGUGUUGGUGCUAUCGGGAUCGUGAGAUAUGCAUCUUGCAGAUCGAGUUUCACCAUCCAGUCUCCUGGGAGAAGGAGGUCUCGGAGGCAGUGUAUGCCCUCCAUUUUGAAAUGCCGAUAUUGUAUGAAGGCAUUGAGGGGUCUCAGGUUGAUAACUGGGCGGACACCCCCGCCUUUCUUCGGCACCAAGAACAGGUUGCUUAUAAAACCUGGGGUAUCUAGAGGGAUUUCCUCUAUGGCAUUUUUGUUGUACAAGGUUUCUAUCUCCGUGGAGAUGAGGUCGUAGUGAGACUGAGGCAUGUGUGGCACACGCGGGAGGGAAACCUGAAAGGGAAGACCCGUCAAUUCUAGUUGGUAACCCUCUACAGUCUGCAGUACCCAACUGUCGGACGUGAUAGUGGCCCACGUUUGAGAAAACAAAGCCAGUCUGCCCCCCACAUUUAUAUGGGAAAAAUGGGGAAAAAUCGUACUCACCAUAAGGGCGUUUUCCUGGGGUUGUUCCUCUGCCGCCACGGGCAUUCCAAGAUCUUCCUCGAGAAGGGAAGAACGGGGUGUAGGAACGUUCCUGGGUCUGUCUCUGUGUGUUGGAGGAGCCUCUGCCCGGUCUGGAGAAACCCCGGGGGUUGCGGCCGGAUAGACGGCUCCUACCUCUACCGGCCCCACCGAAAACCUUUUGGUGGAAUACCCUCUUCAUGGAUGAUUGGGCUUUAUCCAGCGCCGUGAAUGUUUUGACAUAGGAGCCCAGGUCUUUGACGAAGGAUUCGCCAAACAAGAGACCCUUAGCCGCGGCCCCUGGUUCAGAGGAGGCCAUACUAGCCAGUUUGGGUUCGAUUUUCAGCAGGAUGGCCUUCCUGCGUUCUGUUGACAUGGCAGUAUUGGCAUUGCCGAUCAUGCAGACCAAGCGUUGGAGCCAUCCAAACGCUACUUCAAAGUCUACUGGAGCCUCACCCGACUGAGCUGCUUCCAGCAGUUCGUAUAAUUUAGUGACAGGACCCAGAGUGUCUAGGAACUUGUCCUGACAAUUACGGAGGGAGUAGUCCAGUCCCCUCUUGGCCUUCCAGCCUGUUUUGGCUAGAAACUGGGCUAUCUGAGGGUCCACUUCUGGGGUUUUUGCCACAGCAUCAGGGAUUAUGGGUCGGGGGCACUCCGCUCUCAAUUUAUUACGGCUCUCUUGAGAAAGGGACUUACGUACCCUGAGGGCUAGGUAUCGGGCGAUGUGUUCAGAUGGUUCCCACUCGGCAGAGCGUGGGUGUCUUAAGUUGUCAGGGUCGAAUAGCAUGACCUCUUUAGGGUCACGGGCUGCUUCUGCCUCGGGCGUCCCUGCAUGAGCAGUGGUACGCGUUGCCGUCAAGGGGAACUGCUUUCCCUGGAGGCUUUCACCCUCUGAGAGCUCGUCCUCGUACGGGUCAGAGUACGGGGCGUCAGACCCCUCAUCCCCCUCCUCGUCUGAGUCAGACAGUAUAUCAUGGGCUCUAGCCCUUUUCCAGUCUCUGGUAGCCGUAGCUCGCCCAGAAGCUCUAUUGCGCGGUUGUUGCGCGCCAUCAUGGACAGCCUGAGGCAUGUCAGUCAGAGCAGGGUCAACCUGCAUGGGGGGGGGGUCUUGUGAAUGUCUGCGUUUGGUUAACGCUUUGUGGCCUGGCAGCCUCCCUUCAGGAGGGGUAUGGGUCAAGGCAGGGGUAGGGUGAGGUUGUACCUGUUUAAGCGCUUGCGUGAUGGAGUCCGAGAUGGUAGAGGACAUCGCGCCCAUGGCUGAAGAUAUGGCCUUGGAAAUAGAUUUGGACAUGGUGGUGUCCAGAAGGGAUUGGAAUUCCUCAGAGCCCAUGAGCCCAGGGUCGAGCUGAGGAUCAGGAUCAGUAGUGGCCAUAGAGGGGCUAUGUUUGCCAGGGCAUUUGUCACCAGAUUGCAUGGUAAGUAAAUAGAGUGCAAGUGAGAAAAUAACAAAUAGAAAAUAGAGUGAAAAUGCAGAGUACUAGGAUUGAUUAACCCAGGUACAGGAUGGAAAAGUACAGGGAGAUGGAAGGUUAAUACCAGGAAUAUAUAUGCAGAGAAAAAUCAAACUGUACUAGUAUGAGGGGUUGCCGGAACGAAAUCCGGUGAGGGAGGGGUCAAACGGCACGAAAAACGAGUAGAGAAUAUGGCCGCCGCCUAAACCGGCGACCAGAAACCAAGAAAAUGGCCACCGCGAGCUACCGCGCAUGCGCGGCGGGAAACUAAGGGAAAGUGAAUCGCCGCGCGGACGAAAGUAGGUCCGGCCGGCGGUGAUGCAAAUAGUGCCGGGAAAUGCCGCGGGUUUCCCGAUGGGUCCCCCUGGCGAAAUAACCGGCAGAGUGUGACCGGGGAGGGAGCCCCAACCGGAGGGAGGGGGCUGGACGAGGGAAAUUGUAUGAAUACUUAGUUAACAGGGAGGGACCGGCCACAGCAGAAUAAACACAGUAGAAUAAACACAGGCAGUGUAAGAAAAAUAAGUGGGAAAAACAGAGAAAAGGAGGGAUAAACUGUCUAAGGAGUAUCCCCACAGUAAUACCACAAAGAUAUAAAUCUAAUAGCUAUAAAUCUCUGAAACAUCCCACAGUGUACACAUACAAAUGAAAUUAUGAGAGUGUACUUAUCUUCUGAGGGAGCAGCGAAGAAAGAGAAAGAAGCAUGGAGUGCUACACCUUAUAUACUAAGGGGGUGGAUACCUAUGAGCACUGUUCCAUAUGCUAAUGUUAUUGUUAUUUUUUCUCUCAUUUGCAUAUAUCUCUCUUCGCUGCUGAGGGAGAAUUAAAGAAAGAGAAGCUUAAUAGGAGCCUCCGUGUCUUUAAUAAAAUUUUGAUUUUCAAUCACCGCUUUUAUGCAUCUUGGCAUACUCUCCACCAGUCUUGCAUAUUGCUAUUAAGUGACUUUAAGCCACUCUUGGCCAAAGAAAAAUCCAGCAGCUCGGCUUUGUUCGAUGACUUGUGACCAUCCAUCCUCUUAUUACAUUCUAGAGUUUUUCAGUGGGGUUGUGGCAGUUGUGUAUCCUGGUUUUGUGCUGCCCUAGGCAUGACAAAACUCAGGCACCCCCGCCCUGCCUUCUAAAUAGUAACACACACACACACACACACACACACACUAACAGACACACACACUCUUAACAGACACACACAAACACUGAAACACACAUACACAUUCACAUUUAAAAAAAAAAAAAAAAUUCAAUCCCCCCAGCCUCCUUUGGGAGUGCUGGGGUGGAUUCUCGCUUUCCAUGGGAUCCAGUGGGGCUGCUGGGCGGCCGGUCGGUCACUGCAGUCAGUGAGGGAGCACUAAUGUUCCUGUUCAGCUCCCUCGCGCGCUGGGUAGUGAUGUCAUAUUCCGGCUCUGGCAUCACUGCGGUGCACAUGAGGGAGCUGAACAGGAGGAUCAGUGCUCCCUCGCUGCCCGGAAAGUGCCGCCGCUGCCAGCCUUGGGGGGCCCCGAGGUGGCCAGAGGGCCAGCUCCUGCGCCCCCUGGGACAAGAGGCUGGCAAGGCAUUUGCCAGGGCGAUUGGGGGCGGCUUUUUUGCAAAUGCCUUGUCAGCCUCGCGGUAAAAACACCCCUGGGUUGUGGUCUGGAGAUCAGGCUUGCUAUGACAGUACCUUAAUCUGGUGGUCCUCAAUCCACCUGGCUGUGUGGCAUAGAAAAAAAAAUGGAAAAAACAAUCCUCAGAGUUGAGGAACAUUGUCAUAGCAAAGGAAGCAUUUUUUUUUUCCCCAGACAACCUUGUACAGUUGCAAUCAAAAUUAUUUAACUCCCAUUUGAAAACUAUUGUCAACAUUUACAGACUCUCAGCUGUUUGCAAUGAAGUAGUCAUGAAAAAUUCUACAGUGGCCAUAACAGUCAUCUGACUUGAACCUGAUAGAAAAUCUGUGGUAGGAUUUGAAGAAGGACGUUGCAGCACGCAAACCCAAGAAUAUUACUGAACUGGAGGCCAUUGCUCCGCUAAGGGCUAAGAUUCUUCAAGAGGGCUGCCAGAAUCUGGUGUCUGGCUAUGCACCUUGUUUUCAGCAUUUCAUAAUAGCAAAAGGGGUCGCUACAAAGCACUAAAGAUGCUUGCCAUGAAGAGGUUGAAUAAUUCUGAGACUGGAAAAGGUCAUUAUAAGUUGCAUAUUUUAUUUUUGUAAAUCUGUUUUAUUGAGUCAGUGGACCUGUGAGAGAUUGUCCCCCACGCUACACCGUCAGAUCUUUUCUUCGUGUGUAUGGGUGGCGUCUCAGAGUGUAAGCGGGUCACACUAUCCUCUGUCUGUGUUUUGUGACAAGUGUUUAUGAAGCAAAGAUCCUGCGUUGCGUUGAGUAGUGGCUCCAGGGACAUAGCGAACAGUAGCGGGGACAGGGGGCAUCCCUGCCUGGUGCCGUUGGCGAUGCCAAAUCUAGUGGUUAAAGCUCCAUUAACUCGUGCCGCUGCACGGGGUGCGUUGUACAGAGCAGAGAUCUAGUUCAGGACUCUCUCUCCCAAGCCCAUAUUCUGGAGUGUCUGCAUCAUGUAUGCCCAGUUGACCCAGUCAAACGCCUUCUCGGCGUCUCUGAUAUUUCCGCGCGUAGUGUACUAUCCCUUGCUUCCUGGCCCGGGAUGAAACUGGUUUGGUCCGUGUGGAUUAGGCUCGAUAGCACGCGCUGUAGUCUGGUCGCCAACACUUUUGUAAAAAGUUUUGUGUCCACGUUCAAUAAAGAGAUUGGAUGAUAACUGCCGCAGUGUUCCGGGUCUUUCCCGGGCUUGAGCAAGACUGUAAUGGUCGCCGUCAGGAAUUCUGUUCCAAAGCGUCGAGACAGGAACUGUGUGUUGUGUUAAGUCAGUUAUAAGUUGCAUAUUAAGUUAAAUAUUGGGAAACCACUUGAAGUAUUCACGGUGUUGAGCUAUUUCAAUUGUUUUUGUUUGAUUUGUUCAAUGCAAAUGGCAGAAAGUCUGAGAAUUUUGACAAUAAACCUGAUUUUCAAUGGAGGUUGAAUAAUUUUCAUUAUAAUUGUAUAUGGCUUGAUUAAUUCAUCCAUCACAAAGAUGAAUCUUCCCAAUUUUCAUCCUUGCUGAAUCACCCCCAGAUCAUCACUGAUCCUCCACCAAAUUUCACAGUGGGUGUGAGACAUUGUGGACUAUAGGCCUCUCCAGAUCUUUGUAUAACUGUUAGAUGACCAGGUACUAGGCAAAUCUGAAAAUUGGACUAAUGAAAGAAGAGGACCUUACUCCAGUCCAUUCAGUAUGGUAUUCAGCCAGACUCUUCUUUGCUUUGCUUAUUUUCUAGAUUUGCACAACUUCAGCCCUGCACCCAGGAGCCUGUCUUGAACGCUCCUCACCAUGCACUUCACCCCAGCUGCCAUUUGCCAUUCUUUAGUUUUUGUCGUUUUCACCCUCUGCCUGUCUGUAGCUUUGUUGGCCCCAAUGUCUCCCGCUUGACCUUGGUUUCAUUAAAGUUUUAAGCAUGGAAUUAACCUGAUGCUCACUGUAUACCUCUAGCAGUAAAGACACAACUGAACCCUUCUAUUCCUCACUCAAAACCUUUUUCAAUUCUUUGUCAUAGUCAAUAGAUAUUUAUUCCAGUUACUUUUAGAUGCUACUAGUAUUAUUUUUGCCAUCCGGCUUAUCAUAUAGCAAGAAGAUAGUGCUGGCCACGGCAGUGUUCUUUAUACUUUUCCACAUUAAAUAAGAUUUGGUUCAGGUGAUCCCUAGUCAGUACCUCAUUACGUAGAAUGAUGUGUACCUGUAUUAGAAUUCAACAGACACUGUUACGACUGCUAUAAAUGUAGAGAUGCUAGUUGUUCUAUUUUUUUUUUUUUUUAAAUUGGGGUACUCCAUAAACUCAGAUUGAAAUGGUUAAAAUCAGUAACACACCUUUUUUUUCAGCUCCAGAGAGUCUUAUCUCUGUACUUCUGACCCUGCUACAAGUCAUCAUUCGUGAUGACAUCUGUCCAAUCAGGUGAUUCUCACAAGGAUGCAUAAUGCUUCUUACAAACUAAAGCAAGAAACGCGGGAAACCCAAAACAGACAGCUAGCAGGUGUUACUAAGGGAAUUACCCCAAAAAUAUAUAUAUUUUUUAAAUUGGUACAUUUUAUAAAAAGAAACCUGGAGGGAUAUGCAGUUGAAACUUAAGGUACUUCAUCAUGCUGAAGUGUUUUAGGGUAUUAGGUGUCCCCUAAGAGGUGUCACAUUGUCCAUUUCAUGCUUGUAGGAUGAACUAGACGUUCCCUACUUAAUGGAACACUAUGCGCUAGGGAUCGACCAAUAUAAUUUUUCCAGAACCGAUAUGGAUACAGAUUAUCAGUAGCCUUUCAGGCCAAUUGACAAGAACUGGUGCCGAUAUUCUGUACAUUCAAAGUUUUUAAAAAGUAAGAAUAUCUUCCCAAAUCUGGCAUUAACUGAAUAUGCUAACCUCAAUCACACUCCUAUCAUUGUAAGCCAGCAUAGUACAUUACAAUAGAUUUAUCAUGGUCUUACCUUCCUUCUUCACAGAUUGGAUGACUGGUAGAGGUGAAGAAGUUAUCUGUAAUAUUGGUAAAUUACAAGGCCAAUACCAAUUAUUGGCAAAAUGCUGAAUAUCCCUACUCUAAGCAUCAAAACAUUUUGUAGCUUAAUGAAGCAGUUUUGGUGUAUAGGUCAUGCUCCUGAUGUCUCACUCAAUAUUCUGCCAUUUAGUAGUUAAAUCACUUUGUUUAUGCAGCACUAGCCACACCUCCCUAGGCUGUGACUCACCGUGUCUACCUACACACUUCCUUAAUCCAUACUGUGACGGAACGCUGGCACUCCGACUGAGUACCUCCGCCAAUCGAUGCUCCUAGUGCUCGCUGAGGACUCCAAGCACUCCAACCGACACCAUCAGCACUGCAGACCCCACUUCCAGCGAUGCAACUGCGCCGGGGUCUCUGCUGUUUCCACCCACCCUGGACCCAAGGCCAGGAUCCAGCUUCCAGUGGGUGAACCUCUCUUUCCCCAGAGAGCAGGAACAGGAACAAAUCAAGCUAUUGCAAGAGCUUCCUCUGGGGAGUAAGUGAUUAUAGCAAUCCCCAGAGUGUAGGUAUCCCUUCCCCCAAACAUGAGCCAAGGCUUAAUGCUGGAACAAGACUGAUUUACUGGCCCACAGAACUCACAAUUUUUGCAACACAAAACUCCUCCUCUGGGCCAGGCUAGAUAAUUGAGUUUCUACAAUACACAAAGCUCAAUUAUCUGCUGGCCAGAAAUAAUACAGUUUCAUAAAACACACAGGGACCCCAAAACAUGCAAUAACCCCAUAAAAAGUAUAUCCUUGGAACCGGGGGAUCUGGGUGAACCACAUAUCCAAAAUUCACCCAGAUCCGUUCAGUACUUUGGAAAAUACAGUUUAAUGCAGAUUCUGCAGAACAUAUACAGGCUAAAUGAAAAACAAUCACUGUAUAAUGUGUCCCCUGCUGUAUAGUCCAAAACCACUGCACGAUGUCUCUGUGCACCAAAUACUGGCGAGAUGGCACCGUGUUGAAAAGUCCAAACAGUGUCUGGGAGUUAAAAUGGCCGCCAUCCAUUGUUCUCACCAUGUGUUUCUGAUACAGGAAAUGGUGGCCACCCAGUAACUCCACAGUAUGUCCCCAGAUGGUUCUUAAAGGGCCAGCAGCAGCACAACACAAAUCCAUUAUGCCCAAAUCAUGUCUUUAAAGGGCAAUACAUCCCAGGGGCCAUAGUAACAGGGCAAGAGGCGGGCAAGCAGUCCUCUCCAGGCACAAGUGGCGAAUGGCACUUCGUCACACAUACAUUGAUAUUAUGAAUGACUUUUUAAUGAAACGGGGCUCUUACAAAUGAAGUUCCAGCUGGUGUGUUUGAUAAGGUGCAGUGUUUCACGUGCUGUCAUAACAACCAGGAUGCCUAGUCAGAGUCCUGUGGAAGCUCUCUCGCUUCAGUAAAAAUGCCCUGAUAUAGCUUAGCUCAGCCACAAGCUUAUUAAUAAAUAUUAAGCCACUCACAUCGUUCUUUGAGGACACUAGAUAAAACAAGCCAAGAUAUCAGAAGAACCUGAGACUCUUUAGCUAUCUUUAGGACUAUUAGAAGGUAGGUUUUAGUCUAUGUCAUGUAGCUAUGACUGUUGAUGGUUAGAUUUGUUGAUAUAAAAAACAAAAAAAACAACAACAUCCUAUGGAUCCACAUUGCAGAGUAAUAUAAAAAGUGAUAUUUCAUCUAGGAGGAAUUUGUCAUAGUAAAUUGUUUAAAUAGAUCAGCUUACUUUUUUUGCAGUUUAUUCUAUGACUCAUUCUCAGAUCUCUUGGUGAGACAUUUUGCUGCAGUGAAACUCGUACAGCUUUUGUUUUGUCUUUGAAUGUGUCCUAUAGAGUUUAAACAUAACUGGAUAUUGCUAAUAAUUUGUAUUGUAGCAUUCUUGUAUUUCAAUGCCGAUAACUUACUGUAAAUCUGAUGUAGCUGCAUGAUUAAAUGAUGACCACCAUUACAGCUGUAACUGCGGCUGGUUCCCUUAUUUACCACUAUAACAUCUUAAAGCGUAGAACUUAGCAGGGCUAACCAUACAGAUAUCUUAGCCAUAAUUUUAUAUAGUUAGUGUAAGAGAUCCUCUAUUUAACAUAUAUAAAUAAUUGCGAAUACAAUAUAAAAUAAGGAUUGUCUUGGAAGCAAUAAAGUUUUGUCUUUUUAGAUAUUUAUUACAUAAAAAUAUAAAUAUAGACAUAUAAAAUCCAUAUAGCAGUUAGAGUUUAUAAGAUUAAACUAAAUGCUUGCAAAUAUCAUUAAUAGGUGAGUCCAGACAGCGUCUGUCUCCAAGUCUCUCCUCAGAUUUAACUUUUAAAAAGUACACCUAUUUAUACCUUAGGUGUCUCCAUUUUAGGGUCACCGUAGUUCAAAUAUGAAAAAGUUACUUUUUUACUUUUUUCAUUUUAGGACCUCCCGUACCUUGGCAAAAAUACAAGGCCAUAACUAAAGGGUGUACACGUCAUGGAAAUUUUCCUGACUUAUUUCAAGAUGGCAUCUUAAAGUCUGAACAUUAUCUACUAAGGUUACCACAGUAUAUUACGUACUGAAAGAGUCGUAGCAUAGCCUUAAAACUUGUUUAUGCAUUAUUGUUAUUGUAAUUCGUCUGGGACAAAAUGGCACAAACAUAUUAUGCACUGAGGUUAUUUCUUAAAGAAACAUCUAUGAAAAACAUUUUUUUCAAUUUUUAUCACCUUGUCAGUUUGCAAUAUCUCUUAAAGACAAAGUACACAGUUUAAGAAAUACAACAUGUCAUUCUAAAACUUGUAAUAUUUGCAUUUGCCCAUAACACAGCUCAGCAAAAGUUUCAAUUUUUUUUUUUUUUUUUCCUGCUCAUGACUCACAAUGUAAACCUUGGGAUGUGAUGGAUAUGCAAACUCUAAGGAUUUUUUUUCUUCAAAAUGCUGAUUUUGUCUCCUCAGUAUUGGUUGCAGAGGUCGUGAAACAUUUUCUCCCUAAGAUCGUGGAAAUGCAUAACUACAUCCCAGCAAACUCAACACAACAGAAGCUCAGCAACUGGGGAAUUUUAAACCGGUAAUAGUCUCACAUUCUUGGUGAAGCAUAAAAUACAUAUUAUAUGAAAGGGCCAUAUAUUCUAUAGAAUGGCUACAGUUUAUCAAGACAAUAUACAAUACAGAAUAAAAAAUAAAUAAAAAAAAUCUCAAUUUCAAUUUGUAUACUUAUGUAUUCAAUAUAACCGUACUUUGUUAGAAUUUUUACUCUUCUAUGCUUUGCCUGAACAUAUCUAGUCAUUAUCAAGAAUGCUUAGGAAUAGUAUUCAAAUAUGUUUCCAUUCCUCCCUUUACCUAAAAUUUGAAUAAAUGUACUGUCCAAACGCAACACCUUGGGUUUUGUUUAUCAAACCAACAAGGGAAUUUAACAUUUUAAUAAAGUGUUUAUUAUAUGCGAUUUCAUGUAUUGUAAUAGUAUUAAAAAAGGACUCCUGUCCUAAAUUAGUCCAGGACAGACUAAGCAAGGAAGUUCCAAUCCUUAAAGGGAAAUUAUAGGAUAGGAAUACAAACUCCCUACAUGGCCCCCCUUCGCUCGCGCGACAUCCCUGCAGCACAGAACCCUUUUGUGGCUUAGAGGAAUCCAGCACCAAUGUCCCUCGGCACUGGGUAAGGCUCCGCUUUGGCCCCUCUUUUGGUAAUGCAUUUAGACAGUCUAUACAAUGCUUUGUGGUUCUGGGUGACGCUGGAUAUAUGCGUAAGGAUGUCCAAGAUCAGUUAGGCGACCAAAAGUCGGCUAACGACCUGGAAGUCCUGCUAGUGGCUGUCUUGUAGAUAGCCAUUAGAGGUGGUGUUAACUCUGGAUAGUAAUUAUUGCAGUUUCUCAGAAACUGCAAUAAUUACUGUUGCAGGGUUAAGGGAACUGGGACAGUACACCCAGAUUACUUCAAUGAGCUGAACUGGUCUGGGUGCCUAGAGUGUCCCUUUUCAAUCAACGGAAAACACAUGAGCCAGGCUCCACAGGGCAUGGCAACCAAAAGCACUUCAGAAUUUUUUAAUUUUUUAAUUUUUUUAAAAUCAUGCCAUACAUGUGCCUCCUUCAGUAGUGCCAUACGUAUGCAUGUAACCACAUGUGCGGCAGUUCGGAGGUACAUGUAACUUACAUGUCAUGUCUAACAUGCAAUAUAAAUAAAUAUUAAAAAGUAUUUGUAAAAUACAAGCACAAUCCAUAGUUAACCUUUAAUUGUGCAGAAAUAUAUCUAAUGACAGGUCAGUUUCGACUACAUAAUGUUAUUAGGAACAAUUACGAAGAUGGCAUCUACUUCCUAAAGGCCAAACAUCCAUUUUGUCCAUGUUAAUUCCUUUAUAAUAUUAAAUAUAACUCAGUCAGUUCAGUAUCUGUUUUGCAAAUUGUGCCUGCAUUUACUAGUAACAAAAUGAACAAUCCAACCUUUAUUUUAUUAUGGAGAAUCUAGUAGUUUCAAUAUAUAGGAAAUAAUACGGGUAAGCAGGAAAAUCCUUGAAUUAGUAUGGUAAAAAAAUAUAAGAAAAUCCACUGCUCAGCUUUUGAUGAAAAAAUUAAAUAAAAAGAUUAUACGUUAAGAUUAUACAUUGAAAAAGACUUUCCAGUAGAUUGAAAGGGAAAUAUUGGAUUUAAAUAAAAAAAAAAAAAACUCAUAGGAAAGAUCAUAAUGUGUAUAUUAUAUCUAAUUAUAUGUGGUAUCUGAAAACAUGAUCUGCCCAUUGAAGUAACAGAUGUAUAAUAUAUACACACACGUCCAGCUAUACAGAUAGUGCCACACCCUAUUAUUUUUUAUCUCACUACCCCUUUGACUAAAUAUAAUAAAAGAAGAAUACUAAAAUACUGUUAAUCCAAUAAAAGGUAUCUCCAGAUAUUAAGAUUCAGUAGUACUCUAUUAUUUUGUACAGAAGUUAAGAGAUUGUCAUCAGUCUCCAGAAAACCCAAGAUGGAAUUAAUUUUCUUUGACAUAGGCUUUAACAUGUUGUAUCUUUUUAAAUAAUCUAAAAAUAAAUUUCAAGUAUUAAAACCUUAAACCUCACUUUGGGAAGUACUUUACUAAUUUCAUAACUUGUGUACAUUAGCCAAAUCUAAAAAUAAACCUUGAAAAAUGAGAGACCUUAAACAUAUCACUCCCGAAAUAGGAAGCAAAGAGACGUUCAAUUUAAAUGGUGCCUCCUAAGGGUAUGGUUGACGAAAAUGUGAAACCUUUUGUAUCAAGCAAAUAUUCUCCUCAUCCUAAUGACCAAUUUGCAGGAUUGGCUUGGUAACUGCUUUCAUAGUUUUGCAAGAUAAAACAUGAUAAAAAUUAAUGUGCUGCCUAUCUAAUUGUAUUUGUUCUAGACCAUACCAAUUAAGAUUUCCAAAUAAUUUUUUCCCCAUACGCACGGCCAUAAUUAAAUUUGUGUAGACAGUCAUGUCACUUAGAAUAGCAGACUUACAAUUAGUGUUACAAAUGCUGAAGUAGCUCAGCCCUGCAUCAGACAUAGAAUAUUUAUUUGUCAGUGCAUCUCAUACGGAUGCUUAGGUAGUCGAAGCCCCAGCAGAAACCGUCAUUGAUGGAUUUAGAACAAGCUGCAGUGCAUUUGUCUCUAAUGUCCAUGCCGUAGAUAUAUUCCCAUGCUAGCAGAGGAGCAGCUAUAGGUAAAUCACUUGGUCUUGGACAGCCUGGAAUUGAGACAUAAAAAAGGAUAAACACUUCUUAACUGCUUACCUUUGCAUCCAUUAACUGCAACCAAGACUUCAUGAGUGGCGUCAUAACCAGCAUCAGAACAGCAAUAAAAAGCAGCACUGGAUUGAAUUUCUUUUUUUAAUACCAACCCUUGGUAACAGCUCAGUGUACAUAUGCAGGGGGAGGAAGGGGAGGAGAGAAGGAGAAACCGGGGGCGGGCCCUGAUCGCUAAACUGGAUGGACGUGGAGCACUUCGGCUCCUUGACAGGUCUUCAAUAAUAAGCAAAUACUUACCCUUUUAACCCUUGAUAUUGCCACAAGCAGAUGCCAACCUGCAAGGGGAACCCAAGGAACAUUCUCCCGUGUAUAUGUCGGCUCCUGUCCUGCUUGCAGUACCGACUGGUGGGCGGAUGAGUCUGUGGCCUGCUGUGAGGCUCUCGCGGGAGAAACGGCCGAUCUCCCGUGCUUGGUCCAGCGGGACUUCUCUUUUGCCAACCCAAGGCCCAGUACUCCUCUCUCCUCCUCCCCCCGUGGGCUAGUGGGGGUUAUCCCAGUCCCCACCUAGGACGCAGAACACACUCACUUGUUCUGGGCAGUGGAGUGACCAGCCUGACCAGGCGGCUGUGUACCUCCCUGGAGGCAUCGGACGACCUGUACACCAGACUCUGGCAAUACUCCAAUGAGUACAGCGCAGUUUCAUCAUUCCCCCUGACUGCCGGGUUAUACUGGAAAGUGACAGCUCGCUGCCUGGGCUGAGAGCCAUUUCAGAGCACCGUCCACACACUCGGGGGUUCCACCAUCCACAAGUAUUGGCAGAUCUGUGGGGACUCUAUUGGAACUCUGACCCCAGCCUACACUUGUGGGGUUAAUGGACAUGGGGCGCAGGCUCCCACGGUGGCCAGGGGUUGGAGUAAGCAGAAAUGCGGGAAAAGUGAUACACUCCUAGCUGACAACUCAAGCACUCAGCGUGUCUCAGAGAGCAGUUUCGGGAGCAACUAUUUUGCUGCUUGCCACACAAGUCCAAGUCUACAGCAGACUACUGUAUAAUUUUAAUUUUGAUUUCUUAAUGCUAUUAAUUUUGCAUUUUACUCGCUAAGGUCACUCAAAUUUACACUGCCCCUUGGUGGUUAUACUAUGCCACGUAUUUGCAAGUUAGCAUGUUUAUUCACACAUACCAGGUUUGCAGUCCUGUACACUUAGGCAGUUAUAUAGGCUGUAAGCCACUAGAUUUGCCACAUAAAAUCUGCUUCAGCUCACCUAUCUAUCCACUAGACAGGACUGCCAGGCUUGUUUCAUUUUCUUAUUACUCUUAUUUGUCUUCUUUUAUAUCCUCAUUCAAAAUGUGCAUGAUUACUGUAUAUGCCAUACCAAUGCUACAUCUUGUACGCUAAUAUUAUGCUUGCUUCAGCCAUUGUGGAAUCGCAAGCCUGUUUUGUAAAACUUUGCAUAGCAAAAAUAAAGAAUAAUAAAAAAUAAAAAAAUAAAUACAUUUGAAAAAAUAUUUCUGCAACAUGAAGUAGUGCUCUCAGUACUUCACAAUAGGAUAGAAACAGCUUUAUUUUAAGCAAACAUGUGUAAGAGCAUACAUUCAACAUUUCUACCUCAUUCACUUGACGCCUGGUAACAGGGCUUAAACAUUGACACGUUAAUUUUAAAAUAAAGAACUUAUGUUUAGUACUAUGAGUGCACAUUGUUCUCAAUGGAAAUAUUACAGGGCUGGAGUUUGACACCAGGGCAAGCAAGACUAGCUUUAAAAAUUGCAAAAUGAAUGCAGAAAAUAGUAGCGCUGUGAUGAUGCUGGAGUUUAAAACUGUUUUUUUAAAGGGGGCGGGUCUGGACAUCCGACCAUGACGGUCGCAUGAUUCUGGAGCUCCUCAGCAGAAUUACCUCAAGGAGUCUAAAACUCGACACUACAACCUCAAUUUUGGGAUUCAACCCUGCAUGCAACCCCGGGGAGUACCCUAGCGACUAUCAAUUACCGGUCUGACCGAGCCUGGUGUGGCGGAACCAACCUCGCCACUGUCCACUGGAGAGGCCUGGUUGCUCGCCUGCUUCCUUUAGACUAUGGUCCUGCAUUUUAAACUUUUAUUUUACCGGCAGAAAGGUUUAUUCGUGCCUUUCUGCGGACUGUUAAAGCCAUGCUACCCCAGAUAGCUAUGCCAUGGAGCCCAGCCGUAUACUGAAAGACUGUAUAAAAGACUUUGGCUCCAUGGCGAUUGAACUGUAUGUAUGUGAUCUGAGCGCCAUUCGGUAGUAAUGUGCGCUCAGAUUUAAGCUAUCUGGGGAUAUGUAGAAUGUCUAUGUUUUAUGGAAUAAAUGUAACUGUAUGUAAUUUUAUGCCUUUUAUUGUAUUGUUACUGCCAUGUUGUAAUGGAGUUUUGCCUCUGUCCUGGGAGAUAAGUGGAUUACUUCCCAAUUAUCUCCAGGACAGAGAGGAGGGAUUUUGAUGUAAUUGUGGUUGUGUUUUACAGUUCUCUUGUAAACGACUGGUUGUACUGUGUCCCACCCUGUGGGAUGUCCCCUUGCAUGGGUACUUGCAUAAAAGCCAGUGUGUGGCCAUUACAGACAGUUCCUGCUUAACCCUCAAAGUGAAGUGUCGUCUCAUUAUUGGGGGAGGAUUUAUUGUAGGCUGUUCCAGUUUGACUGCUAGGAGUGUAAACCUAUUUGCAUGGUUUUUCCUAUUCGGCUGUUUUCAGUAUUCGUGUGUUUGCAGUUCGGGAGAGUGGUGAUUGCAGUAGCUGUCUGUGCAUCUGAAAAAAGGGGAAUAUUGCCUAAACGUUUUUUUUUUAACCUCUUGUGGGCAAAACGGUCCGUUACACCUGGUACUCAAGAUGGUCACCCUGUUGGGGCCACCCUCGCUCAAGGACCCACUACUCUUGAACUUCGACUGUAUCUGUGCAAGAUUCUGGGCCAAUCUUUAUGGAAGGGAACUUACCUCUACUCCUGUGAACCCAGUUGAGCCCCUUGAAGUCUGCCGUAAAGCCCAACGCAGCAUGAACGGGUCUCUCCCAAGUCUUCCUGGAUUGGUGCGGAGGAGGAGGCGGCGCAAGAGGCCGCCAGGGCGGCAACGGUCAGUACCUCACCAUGCUGGCUUCCACACUUGCUACAACGAGUCCCAAUACUGGGAAAGCAACCAUGUGAGUUCUCAACACAAUCAUCUGGCCCUGAAAGUAAAAAAAAACAAAAACAAAAAAAAAAAAAGUGGCAAAUGAAAUACAUGCCACAUAUCCAAGCUGGCCCAGUCAGUGGGACAAUAUAAUAUUAGCUUGGUAUGGGUCCUAACCAAGGAUUAAACCAUUACCUGAAAUUGGUGAGUGGUAAUGAGAGUCCCUCCAAGGUUUUCCAACCUUGUUUGUAUAAAUGGAGUUAAUAAUGUUUUCUCUGUAUGAUGUCUAGCACCAGCAGAGUGCAAAUAGCUGAAACUAACAGAUUAAGAUAUACAUCAACGCUAUGGUGGCCUUUCUUAAAACCAUGAUAACAUGAUUAAAAGUACCUGAGUUUAGUACUUUUUACCCAUAAAAUGUUAAGUAUUGCUAGCCAUAUUUUUAUAAAAAAGAGGACAUUUAUGAUAUCACACACAGAGGUAGAUUUAUUUUAAUUAUCAGAGAAGCAUGACAACUAUGGAUUAAUGGUUGAUGACAAUUCCUGUAAUGAUAGUCUACUCAUUAUUUCACAGGAAGGUAUUCUCUAAGCUAAACUUUCAUGUCCCGGAGGACAUUGUCCGUAGGCUGAUCUCCAAUGCCCCAGGAGUGAUUGAGUCAGUCUUGUAUUCUCUGAGGCAGAAGAUCAAUGAAAAACUGCAAGAGAACUCCCAAAGACAAAGAGGCACAACUCAAGUCAAGGUUUGUUAAAUGUUAUAUAGAAUUAUAUAUAAAUAUAUAAACACACACAUAAACAAAUGUACUCAUAUACACACAACCAAUUUUUUUAUUUUUUGGGUUUUUGUUACCUGGCUUUUUUUUUUAUUUUUUUUUUUAAUUCUUUAUUUUUUCUGUGCAUGGAAAUAACAAGCAUGUGUAAUGUGCCACAACAGCACGCAUAUUAUGUGUAUCAAUAUUCACAAUUUGGCACUAUAGUACUGCACAUUUUUUUUUUGUUGUUGUUGUUAACAGUUAGGUACAAGCCAUAUACAUUUAUAAGCAUAGGUUGAUUGUCAUUGUGAUAGUGUAUUGGGAGAGUAGCUUAAUGCAUGUUAGGUGUAGCCUGUUGUGUAUGAGUGAAUGGCAUGUGUGUGGCCUGGCUGCCGUGGGUGAAUCAUGCUAUGCCCCAGUGACAGGCUGCGUAGAUGCGAGGAGGCAUGUGGGGAUAUUGUGUGUGCUAAAUGAAAAAUAUACUUCAGCUAUCGAUUAGGUAUAACGUAUGCCUGUAUGGUUUGUGGAUAUAUCAGGCGAGGUACAUAUUUCUAAUACCAGGCAUAUGUGCUUGUAUCAUGAGAAGUGCUAAGCAGAACAUAAAUAAGGAGCAUGGCUAACGAGCAAGAGCAAAGUAAAUCGGUCAAGCAGUGCAUAUUACAUUAGCAAGCUGAGGUAAUAAUAGACAUAGGAACGGUGCAUUAGUUGUAGCCUGUACAGUGGGAUUAUGCUUUAUCACCGCUCACGGGCUUGUAGGAGCAUAUUCCGUCUCCGGUGCAGUCCAUCUUGAUUAGCCAAUGCCAGUUCUGGAGGCUUGACAGGUGGGCCAGGUACAUUGGUAGAGUUGGUGCCACGGCUCUGCUCUGUCACCCGUAGGUCUUGGAGGGUCUCUCCGCCCGUGUCUGUCGCUGGUAGGGUGAUGUGCUGCAUUGCGGUGAGCCACUCGGCUGAUAGUAUAAGUUGCGCUUCGUUGGUCGAAUGAUUCUGGUGCCGCUGAGUGGUGAGUAGGUCGGGCAGGCUUGGUGGUCUCGCUCUGGUGUGUGUGAGGGCGAGUGCUGGAGUCUGGGGGGUAUGACGCCAUUUCCCGCCAUUCCAGUCUCCAACCUUUUCUCUGUCUGGAGGCUCGGGGUGGGUAUCUGCAUAGGAAGCGUCGGGUAGCCGGGCGAAUCCAUGCCGCCAUUUCCCUCAACACCAGGUGGUAGUGCUGGCCCUUGGUGCGGAAUUUUGUCCCUAUGUUGGCACAGAGCCUGUCAAAGAACUCCAGGGUGUGCUUGGGUGGUGUGGUGAGGGUGCUGUUUGUCGCCAGACGGGUCCGUGCCACCAUCUUGCUUGGGCCCCCGCAGUCCCUCUCGGCUGCAGGUUUAGUCGCUUGUUUGAGCCGCGUUGUUGGGGUAGUCGACCCCCGCGAGGACCGGGAUAACCCCCGCCGGUCCAGAUGGGGGGGGUAGCAGGGCAGUGUUCGAUUGCCGUUUCUGAGCAGGUCCCGUGCCGGGAGAUCGGCCGCUUCCCCCAGGCCUCAGGCUCCCCUCUGGUGUGGGCCGCGUGGCCGGUUCAGGUGCUUGUUUCAUGUUUCGGUGCAGGACGGGUACCUUUCUAUUCCCCGUGUGGUCCUGUUUCGUUUUUUGGGUGUCUAGUGUAGCUGGCAUUGUUUGGGUAGUCAGGAUAGUCGUUUUUGUGCCUGCUGGUGCAAGAGCCCUCAGUAAGCACGUCUGGCCAUCUUGGCUGUCAGGCCCCGCCCCGUUACCUGGCUUUUUAACCUCCACUCUAAAGAAAUCCGAGAGGGGGCGAUCAUACCACCAGAGCCGAUACCACAGAGCAGUAAGCCUGCUCUAUGUUGUGCAAGUAUAUUUUAUAUAUCUUUUUACAAAUGUUGUCUAAUUUUUAUAAAAUUGCACAUGCUUGGUGCAUGUGGACAUAUGACUUAUUUUAGAGCAUAACACUGCGGGGUGUGGGCUAAGCCCCACAUUUCAGUUGUAAAUGUGACAUUCUUUUUGAAUAGAAUUUAUCUAUUUAUAAUGCCAGCAAAGGGCUGAAAACUUCCAGCUUGCGGACAAGUACAAACAAAUGUCCCUUUUGAUAUUGAAAAAUCUCACAUCUUCCCAACCCACCCAAUCCAACGUAUAAUUCAGUCAAUGUCAGGUCAACACAACUCACUAUUUCCUGUAUGAAUCUAUAAUAGAUGUGGGUAAAGUAUUUUUAAUUAAGUAUUUUUUUAAAUGGAUACACAAACAAUAUCAAUACACUUAACUUUGUUUUGUGGGGAACUGACUAAACUGAUCUAAUAUUUUUAUAUAACAUUCCCAGCAUAUAACAAUCUAAUAUGAUAAGAUAUAGGGGCCCAGACACAUCCCGGUAGCACAUAUUGUCAGUAGUACACUUGAUCCAACAUUGAUGUCUGGUAUCAGAUGCCCAGUCAAUUAUCUAUUGGUCCCAUAUCACAUUUGGAUUCUAGUGUAUUCAGUGCCUUUGCAAGGCAUAGAAUGCCUCGUAAAAUAAUCCAGGAGCCAUGAAUCCUAAAACUUGUUUUGUCUAUGGGAAGUAACACACAAACAAAAUAAAUGCAGCAGAAUAUGACAAAAUGUGAUAGUGCUAUUCUAGAGUUCUGCUUAUACUGGAAACCUAUUUGUAUUUUUAUUUGUAAUCUGUUCAUUAACAGGAUUGUGCAGCAGGGGACUGCGAUUUUCCCUACAGCAGGGGACUGGGGUAUUUAAAAAAUAUAAUGAUCUGAAAUUCUGUUCCAGAAUAGGUUGUUUUGUAAGUUUCUUCAGAAAUGCUUAAAAAGCAUCCAGAGAUGCUUUUGUGGAAAAACAGAAUAUUCAAAGACAUCAUGGUUAAUGUGUGUGGUAACAGCUUGUUGAUCCAAGGAAAAAUCUGACUACCAUUUCAGAUUCAGGAAAGAAUGAUUUUCCUUUAUAUGGCACAAAUGGAAAUUACUUCAAAAUUAGUUUUUGUGCUUUCUCUUGGAUCAGCAGCAGAAACCGAGGGGUCCGGAUGGCUGAAUUUGAUGGAUUUGUGAUUUUUUUUGUUUUUUCAAAGCAGAUUAUUGGGUCAUGAAUGUGUGUUAUGUAGUGUUGCAGAUAGAAGCAGUUGACCAUUGCCCGAAUACAGUAACCAUAUUCGAAACAAAUUUUAUUGGGUAUUAUUAUAGAUUAAAACCAAAAGGUACUUGUACCCAAUCUUUCUACUUUUUUCCCUUAAUGAUGGCUUAGAAAAUAUAUUUUUCUUAUCCCACAAAUUAAUAUUAGACAUAUCCAGCUAAGAAAAGUUUAAUUUCAUGGUUUAUGUUGUAUGUAAAAUGUGGAGGUAACAGAAUUCACACAAUGGUUUUCUUUUCAGGAGUCGGAAUACUACAGCACGAAAACCGGCCAACCAACUGGUAAGUAUAAAAAUAAAAAGGACUUUCCUGAUUCUAACAUGUUACAUGAUCCAGUGCAUCAUUUGCAAACACAUUCACACAUCUUUUGAAGAGAAGGACGUGAUGCAAGUCACUGAUGCUAAAUAUACCCAGGUCAUAUUCAAUACAGCACACUAACAGUGUAGUAGUGCUUUGCAGCAUAGUCCUCUAGUUUUUUUUAACCUUUCUAGUGUUACUCUUUAUUCUGCUCUCCUUGACCUGGCUGGACCUAUUAUACCGUGUUUCAAAGGCAUCCAAACCUGGACUAGUUUCAUAUUGACUCAUUGUAAGGAGUUCCUUAAAGGGACACUUUAGGCACCAUAAGUACUUCAACUGACUAAAGUGGUUAUGGUGCAUGGAGUGAACAUCAAUGAUUUGUUUUAAUCAAUUAUUUGCUUUCCCUUUAGCUGAGAUGCUUGGUCUCCAGCAGACUGCAGCCUGGCCCCCUAUGAUGGUGACAUUCUGAUAUCCAUCACGCAAGUUGUUUCUUCCAACAAGUUAUAAGCUAUAAAAGGGCUAAAAAUGUAAGGCCCACAUUUCAGGCUUUCCCUUCUCCACCUUGUCUUCCCUCCCUGGCUCUAUUGUUUGAUAAUUUGCAAUUCCCUCCAAAAUCACAGCUUGCCUUUCUUCCCUCUUUAGACCUUCUUUCCUCUCGGAGUACUUCGAUUUUUUGAAUUGGGCUGUCCGACAACCCCUGGAGUUUUUGGUGGGUCUGCGCAUCCACACCUACCAAACUGCUCACUCGUUAGUAUAUUAGUUAGCUAAAAGUUAGGGAAUGCGGUUCCCACAUCCAUAAAUGGUGGGACUGCCCCGGGAUCUGCAGUUUUGGCAGACUUUUCGUGUGGUUGCUUCCCGACUGGUUGACUGCCCAUUCUCUUUUGAUAAGGAGACCUAUCUUCUGUACCGUACCUCACUUCCUGGAAAGUCUUACUGGAAAUUAGUAAUGAAUCACUUGAUUAAUGCUGCUCACAGUCUUGUACCACUUACUGGAAGCAGAAAGAUGAGCCCUCUCUAUGAGAUUGGAUCCUCAGGGUGGAAGAUAGCUGCUCUUGUAAAGAGAUUAUUGUCAUGGCUGUAGACAAAUACCAACACUACACUAAUAUGUGGUUUUAUUGGUUACAUUGGCUCUCCGAACGGUCUGUAGGAUGGGGGAGUGGGCGACCUGGGACAAUGAUUCCCCUAAUCUUGGUUUGUAUAUACAAUUUGCCCCUGUGGGUACUUGGGCUUUUCCUGGAUCUGGUUUUCAUUGCUUAAAUCUUCCAAAUUUCCCACUUUUCUUUCUUAUUUUACCCCAUACCUUGCAAUACCCUGCCUCUCAUUCUCUUACUCCUUCCUCUUACUUUCCCUCUUUCUACAUGUCUUGUGCUUGCCUUUUCUCGUCUACUAUUAGAUCCUCUUAGUUUGCAGUUACUUACCUGGGCUGGCUGAUGUGGACUCUCUCUUGUUACUACCAGCUUUUUGUAGUCACGAGGUAUUUAGUUUCCUGGUCCAAAGUGUUCCUAGAAAUGCAUCUGGUCCUUUGCGACUUAGUUCGCUUAUUUUUAUGUUCUUUGGUUCUCUCUCUCUCAUAUUAUAUAUAUAUUUAUAUUCAAGGCCAAUACAAACUAUUGUUUGGAAAUCUAUUCAUAAUCAGGACUAUAUAUUGGACGUGAUAUCACGCAUUUAGACUGGAAGAAAUUAGAUUUUGUUUUUACAGUCAGAACAAUAACCAUAAGAACAUUAAGACUUGUUUUAUCACAGUAACUGGAUAAAUACCUUCAAAAACAAUGUUCGGGGAUAUAAUUUUUAAUUUGUGUGGUAAUUUUUUUUCCCCCUAGUUUGUUGAAAAAUGUGAAAGUGCUGCAAACUGAGUUUUUUUUUUUUUUUUUGCCUUCUUUUGAAUCACCACAAAAACAGAUGUGAGAAAUGCUGAACUUGAUGGACAAAUGUCUCUUCAACUAUAUAACUAUUUAAAUAUGUAUAUAGUCUACGGUCUUUUGGCACUUUAUCCAAUGGUCUGCACUGACAUUUAUGCUUGUAUCUAUGUAAUACAUUUUUCUCUUUCAAUAAAGACUGCAUGGUAAAUAAUUAAACACAAAAUAAAAUUCAGGUCGAGUGCACUAGGCAGGCUUAAAAGUUCUCACCACGGAAAUCCUGGAGGGUCCAUGGUACACUCACCAUGGGUGAAUUUCUACUUGCCAGGACUGAAUUUGCACUUGCUAAUGACUAGUGCGCCAGUGGGAAUUUUGAGCCCUGAGCCAUGGCAUUUUGGUUAAUUUGGGAACCACUUAUGACAAAUAUGAUGCAGUUUACAGAUUACCACUAUCAGACAAGUGUGUUUCCACAAUCUAUACAAUCACAGUGUACACACAGGAUCCACACAAAGUGAAUUACACUAUGCUGCACAAAACCUUCGUAAAAAAAGCCAUUGUAAUUUAAAUGUAUCUUCUGUGCACGGUUACGCUUACUUUUUAGGAUAUCUCACAGCAGGUUUAAAACACCACCAAUCUCCACACAUAGUUGGGAGGAAGUUAAUCAACAUAAUAGAAUAGCACACUUUUAACUUAAGCUAUGACAAAUGGUAAAACAAUGUGCAUUAUUCAAAGGCUUAAUUAAUUAAUUCAAUCAAUCUGCAUGACAAUGGGCAGGUAAAAAACAUUGCUAUAGUAACAACAGUGUUCACACAUUAAUGGGUUAAUCGAAUUAGCAAUAAUCCAGCAAGCUGUAAAAUAUGAAAUGUAGGUGACAAAUGUAGCAUUUGAUGUACUAACAGAAAAUAAAAUUAGUUGUGAUUUUGUGAAUCAUGUGAAAUUUUUCAUGUACUGCUGUCAGACUUCUGUCUAAUGUCGGUAGCUAUUUGGUCUCAAGCAGGGAAAUAGAGGCUUGCAUUUUCCAGGAAAAAUGCGUCUUCCUCCCAAUAUUUCUGUAAAGUUUUCAUACCUGGGAUACCUAAGUGAUCACUCCUUCUAAAGAGAAGAUACAUGCUAAAACCUACACAAACAUGCGUGAGUAAUGUAUGCAUGUGCUGUCAUGAAGAUAUAACAUCACUAGUCACCGAUGGACCAGCAUCAGGAAUUCAGCCCAGUUCUUUGUCUGUGUAAUUCUAUCAAAUUCCACAAACAUUAUGUUGUCCUGCAUAUCAAGUAUUAUUCUACUGAUCUGUGAAUUGGACAGUGCAAUCUAUCAAUUAGUGAUUAUCGUCUUUCUAAUGCAAUAGCUAAAUCCAAAGCAGUUUGAGAUUGCUUUGAGAAUCACUGCUUUCUUUAUUAUUAUACGUGCCAAGGUAAUUUGUUUUCCAAAGUUUUAGCUACCAAAUUAUCUUUUUUUUCCUUCUUUUUAAAAAAAAUUCUUUAUUUUUAUUGUGCAUGGGAUUGCAGCAGUGCUUGCAUAGCGACAACAGCUUCCACAAGCGCAAUAGUAUUUGAACAUAGGUACGUUAUGCGUUAAACUUGCACAUUUUUACAUUUAGUGGUUUGUAUAAUGGGAUUGUGUUAAAGAAUCUCCAGUGGGAGAUUUGCAUUGUGUUUAUAGAUUUUACAUGUUAGUCAGGUAUGCCUAGAUUGGGUGGGUGCAGGGACGGACUGACAGCCAUUUGGGCCCCCGGUAUCUAAUACAUAUAUAUUGAAGGCCAAUAUAUAUGUAUUAGAUACAUUUUAAAUAUAAGUUUCAUUUAAUGUUGGGUAUUACCUUUGUUGCUUAUAAUGUUGAUUAUGAAUGCAUGUUUGCAUUUGAGCAUUUAAAAUCAUCGUCAAUGGACAUUUUUGCAUAUUGUACUAUUAUGGAUGCGUAUGUUUUUGUAGAAUGCCAACAUGUGUGACUUCAAAAACAUAUUUGAGUGUAUGUGUCAGUGGAGGGAUAAUUUGUUUUACCACAAGAAUAUUAAUGCAUGAUUGUAUUUAUAUGCAAUUCCAAAGUAUUAUUGUGUGCGUCAAAGUAAUGAUCAUUUUGUGUAAUGCUGAUAUGUGUAAAACCCAAAGAAUAUUUUGUGUAGUGCCAGUGAAAAUAAAAUGCAGGAGGUUUUUUUUUUGCAUGCAGUGUACAUGUAUGAUGGGGCAGGCAGUGUUCUAUUAGAAUGCAGAACAGAUGUGUGAAUGCAGAGAUUUAUUUAUUGGAAUUAAAUGCAGGAGUGUAUUAUUAUGGAAUUUUGUUGUGUGAAUACAGGAGUAUGUGUGUUUUAAGUAUCAGUGUGUAGGAGUGUAUUUGUAUCUAUAGGCCAGUAAGCCUUACUUCAGUAGUGGGGAAAGUGAUGGAAACCAUGUUAAAGGAUCGGAUUGUUGAACAUCUAAAAACACAUGGAUUUCAAGAUCAGAGACAACAUGGGUUUACUUCAGAAAGAUCAUGCAAAACUAAUCUUAUUGAUUUUUUUUGAUUGGGUAACUAAAAUUAUAGAUCAGGGUGGUGCAGUAGACAUUGCUUACCUAGAUUUCAGUAAGGCUUUUGACACUGUUGCAAAUAGAAGGCUUAUCAAUUGUAACGAUGGCUUACCUGUCUCCUUCGGACCCACGCCGCGCGGCGAUCUCCCUGGCUGCUUCCGGAAGGCGGAGCAGCCUGUCCGACGCUGGCCGCUCGCGGCAAAGCCCCUCUUAUGACCUGGCGAAAACUCAAACGUUGCCACGCUCCCGGACUUUUUGGGGGCGUGGUCUUAAAGCUGAACACCACUCACUAUAUAAGGGCGCCCCUGUCCUUUCCCCAGCGCCCUAGUGUGGUUCUAUAUUUGGUUCCUCUAGUGCUAUUCAUACUCCGGUUUGUCUUUCUGGUACUUUUGACCCCUGGCUUCCUCUCUGACUACUCUCCUCUCUGGUUUCCCCGAAUUUUGGCUUGGUAUUCUCAUUUAUUCCGUCUUCUGUGCUCCAUUGACCUUCGGCUAUCCUUUUGACUAUUCUCAGACGUUAAGCCCGGCCACUCUAAGGACCGGUAUACGUCUCCUUUUGGGUUACGCUCUGCGUGAAGGGGUCACUGUCGUGACAUCAAUAAACUGCAAUCUUUAAGUUUGGAUUCCAAUAUUGUUGAAUGGGUAAGGCAGUGGCUGAGUGACAGGCAACAGAGGGUUGUAGUCAAAGCUUGGACUUGUCACCAGUGGGGUACCUCAGGGAUCUGUACUUGGACCCAUUCUCUUUAAUAUUUUUAUUAGUGAUAUUGCAGAUGGUCUUGAUGGUAAGGUAUGUCUUUUUGCUGAUGAUACUAAGAUAUGUAACAGGGUUGAUGUUCCAGGAGGGAUAAGCCAAAUGACAAAUGAUUUAGGUAAACUAGAAAAAUGGUCAGAAUUGUGGCAACUGACAUUUAAUGUGGAUAAGUGCAAGAUAAUGCAUCUUGGACGUAAAAACCCAAGGGCAGAGUACAGAAUAUUUGAUAGAGUCCUAACCUCAACAUAUGAGGAAAGGGAUUUAGGGGUGAUUAUUUCUAAUGACUUAAAGGUAGGCAGACAAUGUAAUAGAGCAGCAGAAAAUGCUAGCAGAAUGCUUGGUUGUAUAGGGAGAGGUAUUAGCAGUAGAAAGAGGGAAGUGCUCAUGCCAUUGUACAGAACACUGGUGAGACCUCACUUGGAGUAUUGUACACAGUACUGGAGACCGUAUCUUCAGAAGGAUAUUGAUACCUUAGAGAGGGUUCAGAGAAGGGCUACUAAACUGGUUCAUGGAUUGCGGGAUAAAACUUACCAGGAAAGGUUAAAGGAUCUUAACAUGUAUAGCUUGGAGGAAAGACGAGACAGGGGGGAUAUGAUAGAAACAUUUAAAUAUAUAAAGGGAAUCAACACAGUAAAGGAGGAGACUAUAUUUAAAAGAAGAAGAACUACCACAACAAGAGGACAUAGUCUUAAAUUAGAGGGACAAAGGUUUAAAAAUAAUAUCAGGAAGUAUUACUUUACUGAGAGGGUAGUGGAUGCGUGGAAUAGCCUUCCAGCUGAAGUGGUAGAGGUUAACCCAGUAAAGGAGUUUAAGCAUGCGUGGGAUAGGCAUAAGGCUAUCCUAACUAUGAGAUAAGGCCAGGGACUAAUUAAAGUAUUUAGAAAAUUGGACAGACUAGAUGGGCCGAAUGGUUCUUAUCUGCCGUCACAUUCUGUGUUUCUAUGUUUCUAUGUGUGCAGUGCUUGUGUCUAUGUAAAGGAAGGGAUAUAAAAUGCAUUUGUGUUGAAGAAGUUGUGUGUGUAAAUGAAGGAGACGGCUGGUGUGUGAAUGUCUGUCUGUAUUAAUGUGGACAGUCUGUGUAUUGAUGCAGGGAUAGAGUGUUUGUGUGUGAAUAUGAGCAGUUAUAUAAUAUACACACAGAUAUACACAGUAUGACACACAGAGUCAGAUAAUAUACACACAUAACAUUUAGUGACACACACACAGAUAAUUUACACAGAUAUACACAGUGUGACACACACACAGUCAGAUAAUAUACACAUAUAUACACAGUCAUAAUAUACACACAGAUAUACAUACAGUGACACACAGUCAGAUAAUAUACACAGUAUGACACACACAGAUCAUAUACACACAGAUAUACAUACAGUGACACACACAGAUCACAUACACACAGAUAUACAUACAGUGACACACACAAUCAGAUUAUAUACACACAGAUAUACAUACAGUGACAUACACAAUCAGAUGAUAUACACAAUGUGACACACACAGCCAGAUGCACAUAGAAACAUAUACACACAAAUAAAUUACUAUACCACAUUCUUAGCCAACCUCAUGUCCCCAAACCUUUUUGGUGUAGGAGAAGGAUGGCUUCUCUGGGUCCAGUGGGGGGCUGGAGCUUGCUGGGGAUGAUAGGAAUCGUCUGCCAGGUGCUUCCAUCUUCCAAUCCUCCACUUAAGGCUCUCUAUGCAAUGGGAGGAAGUGAAGUGUAAUGACUUCCUCCCAAUUCAGCUGCCGCGCAGGGGAACUGAGGAAAGGGGCCCAGUCUGAUGUGCAGAUACAGUGCUCGACCGGGCCCCUGGUGGGAGGAGUUUGAAAAGGGUAUAGCAAUAGGUUGCAGGCUCUACACCAGCAGAGGCCUGCAAAUAACACUAGAAUUAUGUCAGGUCAGAUCAGGAGAUCUUCCGAUCUCCCAAUCUAGACCAUAUCAGUGCAUCUGGGCCCCUGACUGCCUCAGGCCCUCGGUCCAUGACCGAUGUGCCCCAGUGGUCAGUCCGUCCCUGGGUGGGUGUGUAGUGUUGUUUUGUCUGAUAGUGUCUAGGCGGGUGCUGAGGGGGUUUAAGCUGUUUGUCAGCUUAUGUUUGGUUGGUGGAAGCUGAGCGGCCCCUGUAUAGGCGCUACGUAGUGGUUCCAUAGGGGGUAUGGAUCAUUCCUUAGGGGUUUGGAGGAGUUGUGCGUAUGGAUUUGCUAUGUGUGGAGCGCUACGUACAUCUGGCUGAGCAGGCUCAUACACAGCCAACUGUUAGGGAUUGUGAUAGUAGGGUAGCUUAUUGUGUGCCUGGUGGGUUAGUAAUUCCCGUACCUGUCGGCUAGCAUAGACCCCGCUGUGUCGGGGGUGGGGGGGGGAGGUGUGGGUGCUUGGGCCCCUUGCAGUGGUUCGCCCUCAUCUGAGAGGAGUGUUAGUGGGGGGUUGUAGGGAGUGGGUGCCAUCUCGGUUCUUUUAAUAUUUUUAGCCCAGUUUUGGGGCGUUCAAAGCUGGCUGUUGUGUGCCUUAAAAACAUAUACAUGAACUGAAAAUGUUAAACGUUAAACACAUUAUAAAACAUAUUGUUGUUUCAGGGUGAAUUAUGCUCAGUCCUGCCAGGGUUCAGAUUCCCGGAUGUGGUGGCUCUUGGUGUGAACGUGGUUGUGGUCGUUGGGUCCCAUGUGUUGGGUGGCUUGUCUCGAGGUGCGCUUACGGUCUGGCCUUCUAUGCCUAAUGCCUAAUGAUGUAAGGAAGGUGGGUAUGUCUGCUCCAGAUUUUAGUGUGCGAACAGUCCCGUUGUGUGUAGCUAUCAGAGUUCCAGGGGGCCCCAUCUGUAUACCACCCCUGUGGACCUAAGUUGGGAAGUGACCGGUGCUAGUGAUUUGCGCCAUAGCAGUGUUGCUCAUGUUAAGUCCUGGUAAAAGGUUAGAGAGGCGCCUUCAAAGGACAGCAGUGUUUUAUCCUUCAGGGCCAUCAUAAUGUGGGCUUUAUCUUGCGAAGUGGAGCAGCGGAGUAUGACGUCCCGUAUUUGGCCAGGUUUUGCCGUGGGUGAGCCUGGUAUUCUGUGUGCUCCUUCAAUGGAUAGUUUCCUGGCCAUUGGGUGGGGUAGAAUGGUCGCCAGCAGUCGCCUGGUGUAGUGUGGUAGCUCGUCUGCUGUGAUGUUGGCGGGGACGCCCCUUAUCUUGAUGUGGUUGCGGCGUUGUCUGUCUUUGAAGGCCGUCAUCCUGAGGGACAGGGCUGAUUGAUGGACCUGUAGUUGGGUGACUGUGUCUUUAAGUGUCUUCAGGUAUGAGGGCUGCUGUGCAUCCGUGGGAGUUUUGGCCUGUGCCGGUCUUUCCAGCAUGGAACUGAUGACUCUGCCCUCCGCCGCCGUAUUCGGUUUUUGGGACCAACGUCCCAUUGCUGGCAUCAGGGUUUGUCGCAGAGGCGAGGGGUCCGACCCGUACAGGCUGAUUCCUGCGUUUCGAUUUUGCCAGGAGAUCGCCCAGGCUGUAGAUUUGUAGUGCACGGUAGGCCCCAGGCCUGCGUUUUUUUUCCGCAAAACAAAUUAAUUUCCAGAAUUCCACUCUGCAGGAAAACAUACUUAAUGCUUUUACUCUAAAACCUUUAGUUAUUGCAAAUAAUCUGCUGAACAGAUAAACAAAAUAUAUAAAUAAAUGGUAAUGCAAGUUGUAUGCAGUUUUAAGGUGCUAUGCAAUGAAGACAGGAUGACAGAGGUCAUUUGAGUGUAUUGUGUUGAGCUGGACUGUAAGCAAAAAUCAAAAUUCAGUGACUGCAAAGUUCAUCCAAGUUGAUGCUCCACAGAUCUUGAUUCAAUGUAAUGUCCUUAGACAGCUAAACUUGGCUAAACUUGGUUUAUGGAAGUUUGCUAUGUGUCCACAGACCCUGUAGAGUUCAGCUGACAGACAGUUUCUUCUGCUUUGGAAUCAGCCUACAAUCUGAGUAUUUUCACCACAAGACAGAGAUGGAACGACUGUCAGAACACUGCUCUGUAGCCUGGGAUAGAGAAAGGCUUGUAACCCUUGGCAGCGGAGUCUAUAUCUGGCUUACGGAGUCAGGCACAUAUUAUAAUUGCUGUUCAACAUCAAAGCCAUUCUGUGUUCUACUAAGAGAGCAGCAGCAUUAUUCUGUCAAUAGCCAACCAGCUAGAUGACCUUGAGAAAGCACAUUAAUGUAAUGCUGUUCCAUUUCUCUCUCACGGCACCAGUACACAACUCAUUGGGAUGAGUUUACAGAUAAUACUAGAUGGGUUUUGGGAAGGGUUUUUAAGUGAUGAUACAUCCAGGGGAUAAAAAGCCUAUCUUGGUUUCCCACAGUCGUGGUCCAAAACCCCAUUAUUAAUGCACUUCGGUCAAGUUGAUCUUCAGAGAAUUAGACCCAAAGUGGGUAUAUUAUUUCUUUACAGUACUUUCCACUGAAGAACAGUUUGUCUUAAUUAACUCUUUCAUUUAAAAUUUUUAUUACAGAAGAAGUAUAUUCCUUUUCAUUUUUUUUUUUUUUUAAUUGCCUCACAAAAACUAAACUUUUUUUUUUUUUUCAGGCCCUGAUGCACUUUUGUCUCCUACACAUUCAAAGGCUUUCCCAGGAUAUACGGACCAGUCCCAGAACCACACAAAACGGUAAUCUCUCACAAAUGACAGAUACAAAAAUAUCUGCUAGCCUGGCAGUACAGGGUUAAAGGUUGGAUAUUUGGAACUUUUUUAAUUUAAGUUUGUUAAAUUUGUUGACCUCAUGAACAAGAGGUAGAUGCUCUAAGUGUUCUAAUGCAUAGCAGAACCUAAAGGGCACAGCCUGUGACCAUAUUCUCACUGCCUCCCCCCAAAACAUGUGACUAUGCAGCACAGGAAGUUGAGGUCAUGAAUACCAGGAUUUACUUUGCUUUUCUUAGCUUUCUUUCCCAGGGGCUAUAGGUCUUACCCUCUGCAAUGUUCAAGAACCAUAUUUAUUUUCCUUACGGACAGAAAAUAUACUAAACUGCAGUUUUUUAGGUCAUUGACAAACCGGGUUAAAUAACUUUUCAUAAUGUUUAUGUUAAUUAGCUAUAGUUACAGGCUGUUCAUUACUGUGAUGGUUAAUUAACUGUAGUUUUCGUAGAUCACCAUGACAUUUCUGAUAGGCGAUAACUGAAAAUCUUCACUGAUACAUCAUGGGAUUAUCACAAGAAUCUUGUGUUAAAAAGGCUUAAUUGGACAAAAUAUGCUACUGAAAAAGAGCUUAUAUUAUUGACAUGUUACUGUGAAACUCAAACUUAGCUGGACUAGAUACAAAAAUAUAGUCCAGGAAUAGUUGACGGAAUAACUUAGAUCAGCAGUGUCAUUGGUAUUUAACCAAUGUGCCUUAAGUCUGAUCGGCAUCACAGGCUGCCAGGGUUCAGUGUAACUGUGGAGGAACCAUGACAUAUAGACUGGAUGAAACAUGGAGAUAAAUACUUAAGAGCACAUUUUUAGGAAUGAAGAAGAGUCAGAGAUUCGUGCAAAUUUAAUGGGCAAUGCAUAUGGUUAGUCUUUUUUCUAAAUAUAUCACUGUGUUUAUAGAUUUAUUCACUAAACAUGGAACUGGAGAAUUAGGUAAGAAUAGCUAAAUUUGAGAAUUGUUCCAACUUUUUGACUACACCAUAAUCCAGAAUUCAAUAGUAAAUGGUUUGCAUUACAUACUGUAUAUCUCCAGGAAUUCUGUACAUUUAAAAGUGAACGUGUUAUUUAUAAGUCAUCAAUGAAAAGUAAAAUAGUACAUAGUUACAUAGCUGAAAUGAGACAUGGUUCAAUGCAUCUCUGUGAGGAGAUGCCGAUUGCACAGCACCGUGGCACAAGAUUGAUUAUCUCAGCCGUGGAGGUGGAGCCAGGCGUGGCAAGACAUGGCGAGACCUGCGCAGUGUGGGGAAAAAAGGUGAGUAAAACCACCUUUCCCAUAAUCUAUCCAGUGGUGUCCUUAGAUUGAGGGAGCUCUUUAAGAGCUUUUCUGGUUGCCAUAAAUAUCAUACUCAGAGGUUGCAAAGUUAAUUCAAGAGAUAGAAUCUACUCCCCGUGAUGCUCAACUACACACAAGAUGAAGGAGAGGGUCUUAGAAAUAUCAAAACAAAUCAACAUAGGAAUACCCUGACUUCAAGGCGCUGUUUUUCCAUGAUUUUGCUGUCUGGCCAUGACUCUUGGAGAACAGAUGAGAUGGAGAGUAGUAAUACCAUGAAAACACCACCAUGUCAUGCAGUCUUCCUCAUUAUGCUGCUUACAUAUGUGAAUGGACUGUUACCUCAAUUCCCAGGAAAUAAUACGGUGAGAAGUCAUUACAUUGCAGAAUUGCAUUUGUUUUCUUAUGUAAAGCUAAUAAGAAUCUACAAUUCUUUAUGUAAGAAGGAGAUUUUACCAUGAAGUCCAGGACAUACUUAAAAAAUGCAAAAGAAAUCUCAAUAUAUUCUUCCUGGUUAAAGUUGUAAAUAAAGCCACAUGAUUCCCUUCUUUUUUAGUUACAUUAUCAUUUUUUUAAAUUCUCUUGGUUAUCAAAAAUCUGUUUUAUAAUGAGAAACAGAAGAAAAUCAUUCACCAUAGCACAAGAACUUUUUUUGUAACUUAAUCACUUCGUCAGACCGCAGCCUGUUCCGUAAUCUGCAAAGAGAGAGAAAACAGCAGUAUUUUUCGCUUCCCGACCUCGAUUGCUCUGUAGCCCUCAUGUUGUUUAGUCAGCAAAGCAUCUUAUUCAGAGGUCAAACCCAAGUGCACAGACAAAGAGAUUUAUAAUACAGAGACAGGGGUGAGGGGAUAGUUGUAUGUAUCAGAUGAUUUGUGCUGUCCAUUAGUAAAGAUAUGCUUUUGGUCUUGCUCCCUUUUUUAAAGGACUAGAAAAAUCGAGCUACUCCCAAAAAGAUUGUUGUCUCAAAGUUGAUCCAAAACAAAAUAAACAUAAAAAUGCAUUAUUAAAAAAGCACGGAAAUCGGUUAUUUCACAUUUUCUACACUGUUCCGAUAUGGCUACUCAAAACAGAAGUUGUAAACUGGGCCAUUUAAACCACUGUAUUAUUCUAAUUCUAUCAAACAAUUACUGCAAUUACAAACAAUUUACCGUACUGCAGAGGAAUUUGUUGGAGUAAAGGACAUUUUAACAGGAUAAAUCCAGCUACGCUGAGAAGUAAACUAUUUAAUGCAUUCAUUAUCCUACAGAGUGGAUGGACGUUUGCAUCAAUACACACAUGUGGAGCCUCGUGUCCGGCUGCUAUUAGAAGAAAAAGAGCAAGAACUGAUGGCCUUGCAGGAAACUGUACAAGUAAGCAUGAGCGCAAUGAUGUAUGGGUACAUUCCGAUUUAUUGUUUGAUUUGAAUUAUGAACAUGCUAAUGGAUGCCAAUUAGCUAUAAUCUCAAAGCAAUCACAUUCCCACCAUCCUAAUACUGGUCAGCAAAACUUUUAACAUUAUUAGUUUGGUAAAAAGAGACCUUGUGCCUUAUGUUAAACACUCCAGUUUAAGCAAUUAACGUGGCACUGUAGUCAAUAUAACUAUUUUAUCUUAUUGAAGUGGUUACAAACAACAUGUAAUCCUUGGUACAUAUGUCCACACGGCUUUCUUCCCAGACCACAAAUGGGAAGGCGGAGCCUGUAGUUGUGGGAUGGGUUGCAACUGGCCUAUAUAAAAUCUCAAUUUACCUCCAUACCUUGCUGACAGCGCCUGGUUACCCCACCCACCACUCUACAAAGCUUAAAACUACUAAUUGGUGGGCCCUCUUUAUUUACAGGCCUACGGUAGGUUUCGGCACACCACAACCGACUUAGAUUAUUAUACUUAUGUUUAUAGGUAUAGGUCCACAAUUAUACGGCUUUCCUCCCUGAUCACAAAUAUAUAUAUAUAUAUAUAUAUAUAUAUAUAUAUAUAUAUAUUCUACUAUUUACUCAAAAGCUUCACUUCAAGUUACUUACUGUAGCGGAGCCCUAGUCCUAGCCGGGACCCUCCUCCGCUGGUUACACCAAAGUACAGUCAGGAAAAAGUAAAACAAUCCAAGGGAACAGUCAGGUACAAGUAAAAUACUCCAAGAAUCUCUCACCUCCUCCCCAGCAACUGGACGACAUACAGCUCUGGGGGUACAACUGAAGUUUAUUGGCACAUACACAGCUUUUAUGCCCAGUCCCAUGCAUUGGGUUUCACAUAUAGGAAAACAGCAGGGUUUUCAAUCCCAGGAUCCUCUGAGCCUGGGAGAUAAUUGCUUGAGAAAAACUCUAAUUUCAUUAUCUCCCACGCACAGAAAAUCCAACAAAAUAUCCUGUACCCCAAAAGUACCUCAACCAUACCCCAGAACCCCACGAAAAUUACAUUCCCUGAAAGCCCCAAUCUGAGUGUCUAACAUAUCUAAAAAUCACUCAGAUCGGUGUGGUAGAACAGGAAUGGCAUUGUGUCGAAGUUUUGACCGGCCAGGCAAGCCCCAAACAGUUGCAGGGAAAUUGGUGCCCUUGCUGAUCUCCGUUCGUGAGGGUCUUGUGCAAAUACCAUACAAGGAAAUCUCUUUAUUUCAGGAUACGAAUGCUCCCCCUGUUCGGUAGUUCAUAUCUCCUAAAUGUCGUUCAUGUAGGUGGUCGGGAACUGGAAUGGGCAGUGAUCUAAGGUUUACCGGCGCUCGCACGAGUGCCUAACCGAAAAGAGUUCCAAGCACUCGACGAGCAAGUACCACUGCCCACGUUCGGGAGACAAAUGCCACCCAGAGGAAGCAUUUAUUAAUUGUUUCCCUUGCAGUUUCGCAAUUGAGUGGUUGGUGUAAACGUUCUAAUGGGGCUUAGGGGUGGUCCUCGUUCGGGAGACGAAGGGGAUCCGUUAGUAUGAAGUCUCCCGAACGGCCAAAGAAGAACCACAUGAAAUAACAGGUGGAAAACACAUGAAAGGUGGACGUUUUAUUACAGGUGGUACGGACAGCUGAAAAAGGGGAAUAAAAAAAAAGUCUGGCAAGCAUCUAAUCCGCUACACUUACUAUGCUCCCCAAUUUAAUACACAGCCUCCCGCAGCCCGACACCACCACUCUAAUACACUGCCCCCCAAAUACACUGCCUCCCACCACUCUAAUUUAAUACACUGCGUCCCCUCCCUCCCCCCAAUUUAAUACACUGCCUCCCCUCUCUCCAGUUUAAUACACUGCCUCCUCCCCAAUCUAAUAUUCUGCCCACCAAUCUAAUACACUGUCCCCCUUGCUCCACUCUAAUUUAAUACACUGCCCCCAAAUCCCACCACUCUAAUACACUGCCUGCUCCCUCUCACCACUCUAAUAUACUGCUCCACCUCCCUCCCCCAAUUUAAUACUCUGCCUCCUAAAUGUAAUACACUACACUACAGGGAGGUUCCCCCAAGCUCCCUUUCCCCUACCUUAAGCCAUCUUCCAGACAAACGCUCUUCUGGCACGCAGCCUGCUUCUCUGCACACUGGUCUACUGGGAAAUUUCCCACAGGCUGCAUGUUUGACAGUUGUCAUGGGCCCGGACUGCUCUGGGAGUUCCGGGGCCCACAUUGCCUAUGUGCACGCGCGCACACACACACACACACACACACACACACACACACUAUCCAAAAUGAUGGCUGCACUCCUCGGGCUUAGUAUAGUUUAUUAGGUAUACAUUAAAAAUGAGAUCAACGUUUCAGCCCCACUCUUGGGCUUUCCUCAGGAUCAAAAAAUACAUCCUGAGGAAAGCCCAUUUUGGAUAUUCUAUGUGAAAACAGCCUGCUGACUUAUGCACCCGGCAUUACCUAAGAAAGCGUGAGUGCAAGGAAACUUUUGUCAUAUAUAUAUAUAUAUAUAUAUAGCGCGUUUUUCAAUAGAUAGAUAGAUAUCUAUCUGCGGACCUCCAGUUAAUGUUCGUUGCAGCUCACUCUCAUUUCCCUUCCCAGCAGCUCCCGUCUAAAUCUUGUGAGCCCCACAGCUGUCAGAGUGUUGCCACGGGUUACCAUGGCAACGCGGCACACAGGCCGAGAGUGUUAGACAGGGGAGCUGCCGAGAAGGGAGUUGAGAGUGUGCUGCGGGUCCCCUCUGCAGAGUCCACGCCACCGUACCACUGCAUUCAGUGUACACACACUACUAUACACGCACACACUACAUGAACUACACAAACACACACCAUUCACUAUACACACACAUCAUCUAAUACACACAAACAGCCUUCACUAUACACAUUCUGCAUUCACUAUACACACACACACUACAUCCACUACACAAACACACACUCUGCAUUCACUAAAUACACCACAUCUAAUACACACAAACACUACACUCACUACACAAACACACACACUCUGCAUUCACUAUACACACACACUACAUCCACUGCGCAAACACACUCUGCAUGCACUAUUCGCACUGCAUCUAAAUACACACAAACACUACAUCCACUACACAAACACACUCACUUUGUAUUCACUACACACACUCACUCUGCAUCUAAUAUACACCUCAUACAUUACACAAAUGUACAAUCUGCACCCACUAUACACACUGCAUCCAUAUUUACACACACAGUGUGUAGUCUCAUUUCUCUCAUUUAGGGUUUGAAUCACUUUGUUUAUGCAGCCAUGGCCACAAUUCUAUUUCCUGUAAAGACAGAUCUAAGCUUUAACCCUUCCUUUAUUGCACAGUCCGUUUAAUUUAGAAUUUCUCAUCUCUUGUUCUGUUAAUAGCUUGCUAGAGCCUGCAGGAGUCUCCUAAUCUUCUAAUUUUCAAUUAACAGAGCAAUAAGUAACAACUUCUAAAGUUAACACACUAUGCUUUCAGAAAAUGAAAACAUUUAAAGUUGUUUUGGUACUUAGAGUAUCCCUUUAAUAUUAUUUACUACACCACUAUUUAUUUUUGCCAUGGGGUAUUCAGACCGCAUGAACAAGAUCAGUGGUUCUCAUUUUAUUGACCUUGGUAGGAUUAAGCUCUCAGUCGACCCCAAUAGAAAGAGUAGAUGUAGAUUUUCACAUAUGUCCAUGGAUUUAGAUUUGUAGGUGCAUAGAAACAUAAAAAAUUAGCAAUAUAAUCAACAAAUACUAUUGACAUCGUGUUUAACUGCCACUGCCUAAGUAGCUCAUCGCUUAUCCACUCAAAUUCUGAGGAGACUGAGGAUAUGAGUCCAACAACCAAUGAUAGCUAGGGGAAAGAAUAGAAAUGUGAAGUGAAAUUAUAAAAGGGGAAAAGAGGAAUUAAAUGGGAUGGUGAAGCAAGCAAGAAACAGUGAAAACAUAUUGCAGAAAAACAAAAUAAUGGACAGGAGGAACUAUGGAAGAAUCAUAUGCUAGUAUAAAAUACAAGUCAAGGGACACAGAAUCCGCACCACAGUGUGCACCACUACUUUACAGUGCUGUUUAGUGAUGGUUUGUAGGGAAUAUACGAGUUGGUGGUAGGACAGAAUGCAGUGUGGAAGGCAUUGUUCUGGCGUGAGAAAAUAAAUUAGGGGUCUGAAUGUGUAGGGACUUCGUAUAGGAUGGGCUGUAGACAAGUCAUUAUAUAGGACAUGUAUCCCCUCAAGACAUGGCCAACAACUUUUUUUUCUGGGGGGCAAGUACAAACAAAUUGCACUUUUUUUUUUGCAGAGAAGACGUCAUCGAAGUGUGACAUUCAUGCAUCUUCCAUCAGUAUGACCUGUUCAUCAUGAGAGCAGUCACAGAAAUAUGUAUUUACAAAGUGAUCAACUUUUUUUUCCCUUUAACUGCACUGACACCAAUGUUUCAUAUCACCCACAUCCACUUGCAAACAAAUUCAUCAUACAUACGUAUACACAGGCCCUGCUUACUGCCUGACUCAUCCGUUACUGCAGGCAUCCAAAAACACCAUAAAUAAAAAAAUAUUUAAAAUCUUUCUUGCAGAGGCGUCACUGCCCCAAAAGGUCUCAGGCAGUCGCAGGCACAUUUCGUUCAGGCAUCUUACAGAGAAAUGUCACGUACCCGCUCUGUAUUUUAUCCAAUCGUGCCAUUUUCACACAUGCGUCAUGUGCACAGCACUACAAGGGUUAACCAAUUUACAUGCAGCAUGUAAAGUUUAAAAUAAAUAAAAAAAAUAGCACAAAAAAUAAAAAUCUAACUUUGAUGAAGUGACAGUUCCUCUUUAAACAGCUGUUAACUAGCAGAUCCUGGUAAAAUUCUGGAAUGUAUUGCUGGCUUCUUUUGGAAUAACAUAUUGAAUCUUACUGCUGUGAUAAAGAACAAUCUGCUCUGGUCUAACAAGAAUCUAUGAACAGGUCACGGUCUCCCAUAUCAAAAACUGUAAUAGGAAACUUCAGAACACAAGAAAAAAUUUGGCACAUUCUGCACCCUGACAUGAAUUUAGAGGUCUAGCCACAGGUUUGCAGAUGUAGAGAAUGCAAGCAAAGAUUGCUUCAGAUAUAACUAGUCAUAUCCUACCUAAAUCAGCAGAAGGUGCAUUCAGUUUUAGCUGAACAUGCAAAUUCUAAAAUCCAAGAACGUUUCCUAUAGAGAUCACACCGAAUCCGAAACUAUAGCAUGUUGUAUAGUUGAUACUAUCACCAGCUCCUAUGAUUGAAAUUUAGAAUAUACCAAAAUGCACUUCAGGGAGGUGGCUUUAUCAGCUACUGUGCCCCCCACCCUCCCACACAGCCUCCAAACUUAUAUGAACACCUUAACACUCUGCUAUAUGCACUGGUGCAUACACACACACACACACAGUCACAUACAGACACAAACGGACACAAACAGGAACAUACAGAUACACAUUCAGAUUGAGUGUGUGAUUUCUGGGUUAUUGUAUAGGAUUUGCGGGGGUAAGGGAGCUGCAUUCAAAAUGUGGGGAAAUCUUAGAGCCUCCGGGAGACUUGGUAUGUCUGAUAUACUAGCAUAACAAAAACCAUGUGCAACAUGAUGACUCAUCACAAAGUAGCGGUGACAUAAGUUUAAAUAUACAGUAAGGGUGGUCUGAUCCCUCUACUGUAUUCAGUGGCACAAACAGUAAAGAAAAAUUGCAAAAUAAUAUAUAAAUUACCAGAUAUUAUCCUGCAGAUAAAUCUGCUAUCCUAAAUUUAAUUAUUUAUAAAAUAUUUUACUAGGAAAGAUAGAUUGAGCUUUCUCUUGUUUUCAAGUAUGUCCUGGGUCCACAAAACAUUGCAUUGAUACAAUAGGGUACAAUAAAUUACAAAAACAAUAUUAAUACACAAUAUAUACAAAAUUUAACAUAGAACAGGUAGGAAAUAUAUAAUCAACCAUGACAGGUGCAUUUUGAUUUGAAGUAUGUAGCGAGUGAUCUCUUAAAGGAUUUUAGGCCUGGGGAAGAUUUGAAAGAGUACGAGAGGUUGUUCCAUAAAUGCGGUGCUCUGUAGGAAAAUGAGGAUCAGGCUGCUUUCCUUUUGUAUUGGUGUAGACUAAAUAAAGUGAUGAUACAGGAUCAGAGGUUAUAAGAGGUGGGAACAGCCAGGGAGAGCAUUUUGCUCAGGUAGGGUGGGAGCUUCCCAGAAAAGCUCUUAAACACAAGGCUGGAAAGAUGAAGGGUGCAUCUGGAUUCCAGCGUCAGCCAGUUUAGUUCUUUUAGCAUGUCAUAAUGGUGGGUCCUGGAAUUACAUUGUAGCUCAAAUCGGCAGAACAUGUUAUACAAUGUAUUAAAUUUUAUUAAGGUGGGUUUGCGGUGCAGGUGCAUAUACUACGUCCCCAUAAUCAAUGAUUGGCAUCAGCAUUUGCUGUACAAUCUUUUCCUUUACUGUAGUGCUUAGGCAGGAUUUGUUUCUGUACAGGACACCUAGUUUUGGAUAAAGUUUAGAUGCAAGUUUUUCUAUGUGGAGGCCAAAAGAUAGAUUGGGGUGUAACAUUUGAAAGAGUGGACUGCGGUCAGUGUGCUAUUUGAUUUUGUUGUGAUGGAUAGGUGGAAAUUGUGUAAUUUGUGUAAUUUAGGUACUGAUCCAAAGAUCAUGUUUCUUUCAAAUAACAGUUUUUGUUACCACUACAAAGGGCACUUAAAGGGUUACUCCCAUCACUAUUACCAUUUCUGCUUUUAUAAGUGGCCAUGGUGGUAGGAAUCUGCUUAAAGCACUGCACAUACAGAGAUUUUUGCACUUUUGUGCUGGUGUUUCACCCCCGACACACAUUACUUGAGCAAGCUGGAACUCUGUUCUGGACUGCCUAAUGUUAAUUCUGUGUAAAAAUUCCAUCUGUUGUCAGCUCGCACUGUGUGCUGGAGACAGACAUUCUUCGUUUCGCCCCCUGCAUGCAGCGCUGAAGGUGCGCAUGCAAGGGGAAGCUCUCCCUCCUCCUUUGUGCUCUGUCCCAGCCUCCUUCCAGUGACUGAUUAUGCUUUUUUAUUUUAUUUAUAUUUUCUUAUUAUUGGCUACCCUCCCCUUAUCCGCUCACAGCAUGUGCAUGUGCUCAGAGCCCAUGAAACGGUCCAAUAAAAUGCUUCUCUGUGAGGCAUUUAAAUCGGACUGUGCAAGGGAAGCAGUGAUAUUAGAAGGGGCAUGAAACCAAAGCAGGGAACUUUGCUUGGAGCUGAAUUUUAGGCAAGUUUAUUCUUCAUUUUUAACUUUAUUAUUAAGUAGGGACCUAUUGAGCAAUAACAAAUUGUCAUAUACCUAAAAAGGUUGGAGUAACAUUUUAAGUGUAAGCUUACUGCCAAUGUCAAGACAAACCUCUUAGGUGAGUCCUGUACAAUCUAUUCACCUUUAUGCUUUCAGCUAAAAGGCAAAAUCUGUCAUGAAAAAAAAAGGUUAUUCCACACCUGCCAUCCUGGGUUGAUUCCCUGGUGUCCUGCAUCCAGGGAAGUGAAGUAAAGUUAUAAAAUAAAGCAUAAUGCAAGCACUUCAUUACAUUUUAGGGGAGGUUUGAGCACCGGCAUAGUUUUGGAUAGACCAUUCCUAAUUUAUGUUCAAAUGGCCAAAUAUAUAUAUAUAUAUAAAUAUAUAUAUAUAUAUAUAUAUACACAUUUUUUUACAGUUGUCAUAUAUAAGAAGUGUGCAAAGCAGCACGAUUAGGGGUAAUGUUGGCUCUGUUAUUACAAUGAUGCCAUAUAGAGGGCUGAAGUUUGAAAAGGCUGAAUUCCAGAAAUGGAUAUCUUAGCGAUAUCUUGGGACUGACAUAAGCAGGACAGUUGGGAGCCUUAUAAACACUACAUUUAAAAAAAUUACUAUUACUAACAAGUUUACUUUUAAUAUAAAAGUAUAUGGAUAAAUGAUGUAUUUUAAGACGAGAUUUAAAAAUAACGCUGCACUCCCAGUGUCCUCCUUGGCAUGAUGGCACUGAACCAGGCAUAAAAAUGUCUGCUUGGAGAAAGACAGGCACAACAUAAACUGUUUAGAAAUGUUAUCAUAGCAGCACACAAUUUUUACACUUCUCCUUUGUUCAAAGUUACUGCAGACAUAAACAGCCAUCUUCACCAAACGUGUUCAAUAUACACAAAAUAAAUGCAGUAUAUUUUGUCUGUUAAACAUGCAGAGUUCUUAGAUCUAAGUAAGGACAUUAGGCUUAUUUUUAAGUGUCAUAUUAAUUUUGAGAUAAACACGAUCUGGAGCGCUAAUCUCAAAGGCCCGCUAUGUGUAACAUCUGCCUUUAUGACAGCAUGGUUAAUACUGGUUUUGAAAACACAACCCAUAGGAGUCAUCUUGAAGCAGCUGUUUCACAUCCAUCCUCCCUUCUCCAACACUGAUAACAGUUGAGAAACAACCAGUCAGAAAAUGUUGUCUUACAAAAUAAAUCCAAAUCAAGGUAAAACAAUUCUCAAAUUGUGUAGUUGGCAAAUCUUUUACAGAGCAGUUCACCACACUAAAGAGAAAGCUGACAGCCUGUGUUUAAAGAUUGUGACAUGUGCCUACAAUUAGAGGAAAGCUGUGCUUUGAACAACGUAUUUCCCACAACAUUAGGCAGACUUUGGAUAGCCACUAAAACACUCAGCUGCCACCCUGUGUUUAAACAUUGCUUUGUAGGAAAACAGAUCUUGCUUGUAGAAAUAGAAACCUUUUUUUUUUAGCUCAUAUCCUGCUGGCCCUGUCUUGGUGACAAAUGGUUUGUGUCUGCAGUGCACUUAGUAAUGGAAAAUAGAUACCAAGGUACUGAUCUGAUUCUCAACCAACAAACAAGCAUUUGGAGGAUAUUGUUUUCCUACUAGGAUCUUAAAGGGUUACUUCAAACAUCUUUUUGAAGUGGCCAUGGUGGUAGGAGUCUGGAUGUGUAGUGUUUCAGCUUGAACGACUGCACAUCCAGAGUUAUUUUUAAUUGUGUGCUGGUGUCAAUUUGCACCCAAGCACCUGUGACUUAGGCAACCCAGAUCUCUGCCUAAGAGCUGCUUAAUCUAGAUUCUGUGCAUAUUUUGCACCGGUCAUCAGUGCUAACUGAUUAGGAAGCACUUGUCUUUGCUCGCUCCCACACAGAAGGAAGCAUGCACUGAGCAGCACCGGAAAGCUUUGCCCAGUGCUUGUUUGAGGUAAGUAAAUCUUCUUUAAAAACGCUCUUUGAGGGUUUAUUAAGAGGGGGGGACGAUACAUAUAUACAAAAAAGGUUUUGAUAAAGCCUUUAACUAAGGGAUUAUUCUCAAAACUUUACAUAAUUGUAAAACGUAAAGAUCCAUAGAGCACCCUGUGUCUACUCUCAGCUCUGAGUAGCUUAGAACUGAAGCAAUGUAUAAAAAUGUCUGCAGCUCUAAGACAGUCCAUCAUCACGGUCAUUCAACACGUCCAGAAGAUAUAGGCUACCCAAGUUAAUAUUGUCCAACUUGUGCAUGCGUGUGCGCAACUUGGGCUGAACUCUCUCCCCUCCCAUAAGAGAGAACCGAGUUGUGGGCAGUCCCAUAAUACACAUUGCAAGGGAUUAGAUGACUUCCACAUCUAGGUCGGGCCAUAGUGCCAGCAUAGAGCUAUAUAGUCAGAUGGUUGUAGAAACAAUAUCCAUGUGUUUGGCUGGUGUAGGUACAGCUCUGUUUUUGAUCCUGACCUUCUGGUUCCACUUUAACUCCCAGCUAUGGGUCUGCUAUCAAAAUGCCUAGCCCAUGGUCUCCCUCUUAUAUAGCUAAUGGGGCAAAAGGUGAUUUGCUUGUCCUGCGAGUGCCUGGUAGUUGAUAGCAUUCGGUCCUCUGUUCACUGGUCUGUCAAGGACCUGAGAGCAGUAGCAUUACCUUGCCAAAUUGUAGGCUUGAUUUUAUAGGCUCUGAUCUCAUAUGGUUAUAUGGACAUUAUAGGUUGCUUAUUAGAGGGCAUAGAACUGUAGGAAUGAGAAUGGAAAAAUCCUGCAAGAAUGUUCUUAGUGCUUGGCAAAAGGUUGCAAGACAGUCUACACAAAGGUAAGAAUGUUAACAGAAGGUCCCAUUUCUGAAGCAGGGCAGUAGAGUCAGCAUUAUUAGAAGGGAAUGUUCCACGGUAAAAAUAAUUUCUAACUGUAAUCUAAGUUUUUUGGGCAAAAAGGAAAUAGAUUGAAAUAACUGGGGACCCAGUGAAACUGAAAGCAAUGCGGCAUACUUUAACGGAGGCAAAUUAAAGCUCUCGAUGAUAGUUAAUAGUGGUUGAUGAGGUCCAGAUCUCUGCUUCAGUGAUUCUAACCAUUUGACAAAAUUAGAUGGAAAGAAAGCCAUCAGUGGAUGUUAAUAUGGCAAUAUUAUAAUAAGGCAAUCAGUGGUGUCAGUAAUAACGGUAUAAUGUGGCUGUGUCCAUCCUAUGGGAUAGCUUUGCAAGGAGUUUCCUAAAAUGGAGGCUGAAACAGUCAGAAACCUAAAGAUUAAUGAUAAACCACAAUGUACCAAGUAUUGAUCCCUAGGUGAAAGCCACAGCCAAAAGGCUUGCAAUGUAGCCAUCAUUUAGUGUAAGUAGACUUUGUAGUUUCAGAGAGCUGGAUUAGUAAUUCCAGCUGAGUAGUACUCUCUGAGAAUUGGUCUCUACAUGCUUCCUGGAAAACAACCCCCUCUCCCCCCCCUUUAAAGUUUACUUUGAAUUCACAACAUGUCACACUUUAGUGAAUAUGCCUUCAAUUAUAUAUUUCAUCCAGGCAGGCUUAGGAUAUUAUAAAAACAAAAAAUCUAAUCCUAAUUAGUGCAGCACUGAUUUAUACUCGCAGUUAUAGAAGACAGUUGGACAACCUAGCCUGAAGUUCUAAAUAUUUUUUGUGUGUUUAAAUCUGGUGAAGCAGUUGUUUAGAGUUUUUAUAGUUUUGUUUAUAUUUCCUAAUGUUAUGUACUUGAGUAAUUCCUAACUAUGCGAGUUAUGUUUUCUGCUGCUCUGCACAAAAACUACAGCUUAGUCUUAGCUGUGACCUUCACUGGGUAUGGUCAACUGAAUGAGCUCUCUCUUUGACAGAUCCUACAGAUGAAGGUCCAGCGUCUGGAGCACUUGGUACAGCUGAAGGACCUGAGGAUAGAAGAUCUAACAAGGCACUUAAACAAACAACGAGGGCAUAGGAACAUCACCUGAAACCCUUGUGCUACAGCCAAAACAAGCAUGGUAUCACCUACAUUGCCUAGUUUAGUAACACUCAGAGAAAACCAUUAGCAAGAAACAUAUUCUGGACUUGCAGUUAUAAAACGCCAGACACCAAGGUUACAUAUAUCUGAAAUACAACAAAUUGCACAAAUGGUUCUCAUACCAGGCUGCUGACUCUGUCUGGCAAUGUGUAUCGAGUAGUCAAUGCCAUUUACCAGGGGCAAGCAACUUUAGCAUUUAAAGUGCACCUGUCAUGCCAAAUAUGACAUGUCAUUUUAAAGGGCAUGCAAAUGGAUAUUGUGAAAUCCAAGUUGCAUAGAUGAAAAGUUAUUUAUAUAUUUAUUUUUUGACCAUCCCUGAUCUCACCACUAUGCCAUUGACAUAGUGGUAAAUACUAUACAUAUGGCAACCCAGGCAGCUGCAUUUAAUAAUCUGUCUCCAAAGGCAGCUAUCCACAACUCCUAGCUUGGAACUGAACACUAGUAGUUUUGGGAUGCAGGGCGCCCAUUCCUCUCACCAUACUAUGUGUGUACAUGACAUUUGAAGGAAACUGUAACGUUUAUAGUUUUUUUUUAUGUUAAUAAAAUUGAAAAUAGAAAAAAAAUAAUCACCCUAUCAUGUCAUUGAAUGCGCUUUUUUAUUUAAAU